CUGUAAAGUCCCGUUAGACAGAGCCUGGGGUUCAGUACUGGGAGAGACCUAUUCACUAUAAGGUGCACUUCUAACAAAGAGAACCGUCUGCUAUUUAGAGAAGAGAUAAGAUAAGGAGGCUGGAACAGUGUUGGAAGCAGUGGAUUGAAAGAGAAAGAAAACAAUAAAGCACUGGAUGGAAGUGUAAGGCUGGAAGGAGCAAGUUCCACUAAUCUAAAGUGUGCUGGCUGGGAAAAUAAAAAGAGAGGGGGAUCAGGGAGUUGGCAUCAAGGGAAAAAAAAAUACAACCAAACAAGGAGAAGGAGUAAAAGGAAAACCAGGGGGAGGGCGUGAGGGGGAAGCAUCCCAUAAGGAGAGAAGUUGGCUGUGAUACAUUGUAGCAGCAACGGUUACUGGGAGAAGCAGCAUGUCUCUGUCUGUGCAACAUAAUGGAGUUCUAGAGGACAAAGACAACCUCAUCGAGCUCUUUGUAAAGGUGAGUGAAUCCUGUCCCUGUGUGCUGACAUUCAGCCUUUAUUUAGUCAUUUUCCCGGAUUAUAUCUGGGGUUCCUGGUCCCUUCUGAAGCACGUGUGGUAUUCCGUAGGAACCUGCAAUAGCACACUAUAUUGGACUCUAACAGUGAUUACAUUGUAUUACUCUCUGGGAUGGGCGGCUAAGCCUGUUACUACAAUAAAACCAACUCUAUGACCCUUGAUAGGGGGGUUAUGUUAGUUUUAAUAUAUGGUCUUGGCUGUGUACAUCUGAUGAGUACUGUUGAGGUGGUGCUUGCUUAUUCUAGAAGAGGUACCACAGACUUCCAUGAUGCUGGAGUGAUAUGUAGUAAUUCUAUAAGGGUCAUUUUGUAUUGCAGGACAUCCAUAGGGUUCUUCAUUAACCUGAGAGAAUUCAAAGCAAUUUUGUAAAAUUAAAAUAACUCUACAGUACGAUGUUUUCCUGGCACUGGAGAGUUCUUUUAAUUUUACAAUCAUAUUGUUUUCAUGGCACUGCAGGACCCUACAGUGCCCCUCUCUCUCCCACCCCCCCAUCCCAUUUACCUGAAUCCAGCGCUGAUGUCCCUUGGCGCUGGGUCAGUCUCUGCCCAUCAGCUGGCGGGGGAAACCUAAUGUGCAAGCGCUGCAAUGGCCGCUUGUGCGCAUUAGACCUCCCCAUAGGAAAGCAUUAUGCAUAGCAUGAGGACGUCCAGCGUCGUUUAAAACACUUCUCGUAUUCUAAGAACACGGAAGUCCCUCUAGUGGCUAUCUACUGAUAGACAGCCACUAGAGGAGGACUUAGCCCCUCAAGGUAAUUAUUGCAGUUUAUAAAAGCUGCAAUAAUUACACUUGCAGAGUUAAGGGUGGUGGGAGUUGGCACCCAGACCAGUCCGAUGGGCAGAAGUGGUCUGUGUGCCUGGAGUUUCCCUUUAAGGCCAGAUUCGCUAAACUGAAAACAUAACAUUCCAUUUUGACCUUUUAAAUUCUCACUUUAAUGGAUAACCUUGCUAGUGUUUACAUUGCCGAGUGCCGUUGGUGAACCAUCUGGAGUGCUGGUUUGUCUACCCCUGACCUAGGAGGUGCUUCCACCCAGGGCCGGCGCCACAAUUAGGCGAACAAGGAAUUUGCCUAGGGCACUGGCCUGCUGGGGGAGCCUACUGGGAUGUUUCUGUGCCUGGGGCCGCAGCGGUGGGAGAAUAGCUAUUGAGCCGCCCCCAGCGCCGGGCCAAUCCUCAAGGUGCCCGAAUGUGGGAGCAGAGAGGAGCCCUGUCACAUGGGGGCCACCUCAGGGCGCCCCUCGAACCUGUGCUAGGUAAGGCAGGGCAGUCACCUGCUUACCUUGAUGGCAGGUGCUUCCUCUGCCAAAAAAUAAGUGACCUGCCCUGGGACAGACAGAGAGGGGGACGGAGAAGCUGUUCUUGCUUCUCACUCCUCCCUUGCGUGCCGUCUGUGAUGCCGGGUGCCGGAAUAUGACAUCAUUCAAGCCCGGAAAACUAAGCGGCGGGAGAAGUGAGGAGAUGCCCCAUACUGGACCCCAGGGAGUGAGUGUUUGACUGUCAGUGAGUGUGUGACAUGAGGGGGCAGCAAAAUGGAUCUUUGCCUAGGGCGGCAAAAAUUCUUGCACUGGCCCUGCCUCCACCCAUCAUUCACUAGCAGGGUAUAGCAUGUGAAUGGUGCAUGCGGCAUGUGCAUGAUGUCAUAUUCAGAAACCAUGCUUAGUACUAACCUCUCAGAGAAUGUGUUUUAACCCACUUAAAAGGGAUUGGUUUAAUCUGUAACGAUCAUGUUGUAUAAGAGCAAGUGUAAGCACAUGAUGAUUGUCUGUACUGUCCUAUUUUAUGUGCCCUAAAAGGAGAUGGUUAUAUUUGUGAGAAUGCUGUGGUUGAUGGAUGCUGCUACUUGACCCAGUGUCACUGUUCCUUUUAUUCCUCCUGUUAUUUAUUCAGACCACACACUGAGUUUGCUCUGAGGGGAGUCUGUGUCCUAUUUUCCCAUUUCAUGCUGAAGGGGGAAAAAAAAAAACCCGCUUUUAAUAAUUAUUUUUUUUUUGUUAAAGUAAUGUGUUGUUUUCACAUUACGUUAUUUUAGUUAGAGCACCGUAGCAAACUGUGUAUUCUGCGGCCAUAUACAAUGGAUGUAGAGCCUCCUGCUGUCUAAGGCUGCGUUUAAUUAUAUUUUAAAAGUUUGUGCAGUCUGGUAUACAUAUGAAAUGUUGUGUGGCUUCUUUAUUGUACAUUUUAAAAAUCCAUCAGCCAUGUGCAGAUAUAUCAUACGGUAGCACUUUCUAGAUAAACAUUUUAUCUAUGUUUGUCCAUUGAAACUUUUAGAAAAUGUAUAUAUUUUUGUUUGUUUGUGUUUUUUUUUUUUUUUUUUUUUUUUUUUUUUUUUUUUUUUUUUUUUUUCUUUUUCUUUUUUUUUUUUUCAUUAAAUGGACAAUAUAGGCACCCAGACCACUUCAGCUCAUUGACGUGGUAGGAGUGCAGUGUAGCUGUCCCUUAUUGAAUUAAGUUGUAAUGAUGCCAGAAGGCCCCCAGGUGCAUUCUCAUCUUAAAGGACCACUCUAGGCACCUGGAGAAAAGGUAAGUUGGAGAAAGGUAAGUUUUUACCCCUUACCCCCUUCCAGAGCCGGGCAGGAGGGGGUCCCUGAGGGUGGGGGCACCCUCAGGGCACUAUAGUGCCAGGAAAACUAGUAUAUUUUCCUGGCACUAUAGUGGUCCUUUAAGGGUUUAAACCAUUCUCGAACUGUUUAACACUAAAGUUGCCUCCAGUGUUGAUCCCUACUCUCAUUUUCAGUUUCAGGUGCAGAGCGCUGCCGGCAAGGGCACUGCUGAUUGGCUGAGAGUGGUCUACUAAGGGACUCAGCCAAUCAGUGACUCUCCAUUUACAAAACUGGCUUUAGAUUAAGUUGUUGUGUGGUUGUUUUUUUUUUUUUUUUUGUUUUUUUUGUUUUGUUUUGUUGCGGCCUAAACUUUCCCUUUAAGGGGACCGGGACAUUGCCUCCAGACCACUUCAAUGAGACUAAGGGUCUGGGUGCCUAUAUUGUCCGUUUCACUGCACAAGUAUAGAUGAAAAUUAUCUACAAAGUUCUACCAUAAUAUAUAUUUGCGUGGCUGAUGGACUUCGGGGUUAACCCCAAUAUCUUAAAACAUUUACAAUAAAGAAGCUACACAUAACACUGCACAUGUUUAACAGACUUCACAAACGUUUAAAUUAGAAUUAAACCCAGCCUUAGACUGCGGGAGGCUUAACAUCUAUUGGGUGCCUAAAGUUUUAAUUUAAUAGAAAAUGACAAACAUUUUCUAAAUGUUGAUGCUGAAGUCAGAGGAGACACACAGAAUAAGGUGUUAUUAACCCUUUAUUUGCCAGCAGGGAUCAGAGGAAAACUGCUUUCUAUUCCUAAUGUUAAAAUUGUUCUUUUUAAUGGCACGUUCCAAGAACCAUAACUACUACGGCUUAGAGUGGUUUUGGUGCAAGAUGCUGUGGUGCAGUUCCUCCAUAUUUUAACAACUAAUUUUUCAAGUGUUUUUCAAAACUGGGUUGGGGGUUCUUCCUAAUACCAAAAGCCCACCCCUACCUCUGUCAUCAUAAUGGCAAUUUCAUCCUGGUAAUGAACAUACAUUCCUAACACUAAAGUGUUCCUCUGCCUUCCAUCCUUUAAACACUCUCCUUAUUCUAGAUCCAUCUUCUAUUUUAGACUUCAAGGGAUAGGGACAGUGCACCAAGAUCACUUCAAUGAGACAAAGUGAUCUGUGUGCCUAUAGUGUCCCUUUAAGCUGUGUGCACAUGGUGUGGACGAAUCUAGCAAUAAAAGACAAAACUUUCCAAAUUUUGUGAAAUAUUAUUAUUAUUAUUAUUAUUAUUAUUAAUUUUUUUUUUUUUUUUAAUGUUCGUGAGAUUAACUUACCACAUUAAAGGAGUCUUGACCACACUGGAGAGCACAAUGCUGUUACAGUAAACAAUGUAUUAUUGGGCAAUUAAUAAACAUGAAGUGCCAAUACCUACCAGUAGGGGCCCAUUGAAACAACAUGUGGACCUAUUUUGGGGUCCAGAUCUAAUAGUUAGGAUCCACUGUAUUAGAGCAUUCCUACUCUGCUCUCAAUCUGGUUUUAGCUCAUCUCGUGUCAUUAAAGGGAGAGCCUAAAUUAUAUAUUAGUCUGAUCCCAAUUGAAAUAGUGGUCCAGGUCAAAUUCCAUCUUGCACCAGAGAUACAUUAACCCCUGAUUGUUUUAGCAUUGAUAGGCCUUGUCAGUGUGGUAUAGCUGAUACCUCUAGGCCCUAUCCGCUUCUGUCUUUGUCAGUGAGACUGUGAUGACUUACAAACUCUCAUACAAUUCAAUGCUUCGUAUAGAAAAGUAUUUGGGACCAGAAGAGCAUGCUUAUCAAAACACCAUGCAUGUUCAAUCAAAUGUUUUCUAUGAGAAGCAUUGCUUGAAGAACAAAGUUUAACUCUGUUCUCAUUGUGGAAGCAUCUUCUAGUAACUGUCAGGAAGAAUCAUUGGCAUAUCUGCUAAAUGGUUGUUUUUUAACUGCAGGACUAAGAAAACAUGACCACUUCAUUUAAAGAAACAAUCCAGGCACAAUAAAAACUGCAGUGUUUACCUCUACAGUGUUUAUAAAACCUAGAGUGUUCUUCAAAGAAGCACUUUAGUGCUAGUAAUACAAAGAUGUACUGGCCCUGUGCAAACUCCAUCAAACUCCAGGAAGCACCUCCAGUGACUAUGUAUACUUGGGUGCCAAUAGGGGAGGUAGACAGCUGUGUCAUACCAAAUGAAUGACCUGGUUAAUAAAAACAAAAGGAGGGGGGAGGCAACUAUGUGAAGGCUCACAAAUGGGCAACAGUGCCUCCACGGACCUUGUCCCAAGUAUUUUCAUCCAGGCAUAAAAAAACCACCCCACACUGAUGCAAGUAUUGUAGAUAAAAAUGUAUUUGCUCUGGUUCCAUACAAGUCUAGUGGACAGCAUUAAAGGGAAUGGUUGUAUGAUAUAGGUAGCUGCCUCGGGUAGCCUGUAGCGGAUGCAGCUCCGGAAACCGCAAAUCGAUGCGGAAAAUAUACAGUUGGAUUUUGUAGUGCAAGGCAUCCAACUGGAAGGAGGGGGAAAAAUGGAAAUGCAUAAGAAAAUGUAUGUUACCACAGGGUGCAAGAUGAUUGCUCAUAUUGUUAUCGGCUUAGAUAUAAGCAGAAGUCUACACAUCCCUUCACCGCUUACCAUUGAUCUCGAGGCCGACAAGGGAGUAGCAUGAGUUGGCUAGAGGAACAUACCCAGAAUGUCACCAGUUUCCCCUGAGGAAGAGGACCUGCCACCGCUUCCCACACCAAUCUGUACCUCCCACCAUGGAACAACACAUUGGGCACUCUAUGGACCCGUCAGUCCACAAGUCCCCUCCCCACAAGAGUUCAGAUCAACCACCAUUUGCACCUCCACUGUCCCAGUAGAGUCACCUCAAGGCAGAUGUGAUGCUACCAUAUACCCCCUCCAUCCCUAGUUACUCCUCGGUUGCACAGGCAGCAAGGACAACACAGUCCAGCCGGCUGGGAUCACAGCGACGGGAAGCAUCGGGCCCUCACAAAACCAAAAGUGGUGCCAACUGGGCACAGCUUGGUCCAGGCAGUGCAACUUCUGCUUGUCACUCCUCCUGGGCACCAGAGCAAUAUUGGCGGAGUUCUCUGAGUAAGUAAACAGAGUGCCAUUUCAUCCAUGCUCAGGGAGGGCAAGAAGGGAGUCCAUGCAGACAUAAGAGUAUGUAUCCACUUUGGGAACAUGCAGGCAACUGUAGCUUAAAACUAAAAAGUUUCCUGUGGCAUGUGCUGGAACCAUAAGGUUGGGGGUGGGGGGACCAGGCCGCAGCAUGCUUCGCCCUGGGUGCUGCGCUGAGCCGCUCACCCGGUUGUAAAUCUUUCCUCCGUCAAGACACGUGUGUGACAGGCAAUAGGUAUCAAGUGAGCACUGUGAGGCUGCAGUGAGCUCAAAUAGACACAAACUGCUGGUGUCUUUGCACAUCCGAGAUGAUAGGCUUCACAAUGAGAUCUGUGGGAAUCACACUACCAUACUACAGGGGAUAGUUAUGGAACUGUGUUCAAAGAGUGUUUACAAAAAAUUUUAAUUCUGCACAAAGGCAUCUUAAUAAAUUCACUAUUAAAUGAACACUACAUCUAAGGGUUACUCCAUCCGCAAUGACCACUUCAGUGAUCUGAAAUGCUCAUGGUGGUAGGAAUUAGUAUGUGCAGUAUUUCAGCUUACCUGUGCAUGCUGGCAACAGAUGUUAUCUUCUCCCUUGCAGGCAGAGCACCCUCAAGGGGAAAAUUUGUGUGUAUCUGUGUGUAUGUACAUGUACAUACAUCACAGCAAACACACUACUGCAAUCAAACUUGUAUACAAACCGACCACUUUACUCAAACACCAUACUACACAAAACUAUACAUCCACAUUUAAAAGCCAACACUACAUCCAAACACUGCCUAGCAGUCAAAUGCAAACACACAAGUACACCACUGCAUUCCAAUCACAACAGUACAUACAAAUACACCCCUAAAUGCACACAUUAUAUACAAAAACCAUGCUUACAUUAAAACGCACAAACACUGCACACAAAUGGUAGAUCUCCAGCUGGCAUAGCAUCAUGGGGAUCUAACCUAUUGUCACUCUUGCGCAAUAGGGGGCCUAACAUUUUUUUUUUUUUCUUGCACCUGGACCGUCUCUACAUUAGUUCCACCACUGUAGAGACACUACAUUAAAAUUGACUUUGGGCAGAGUGUAGAUACAAAAACCACUACAUUAAGAUGCAGUGGUUUAGGUACUUCUUGUUGCUUUAAGCACUUACUUCACAUUCUGUGAGGAGCAGAAGAGCCUCCUAAAACCUCCUUGUGGGCAUUUCUCAGUCCAGUAGACCACUAUUUAUUAAAUAUUCCUCUCUCCUGUACUAAGGGGUGGACUGUAUUGGUUGACUGGUAGAUGCCCACCCACUCGGUAUGAAAGAUACACUCAAAGCACCAAAACCACUACAGGGUACUUUUUCGAAUAGUUUUUACUUCUGCCGCAUCCCGCCUCCAGGGAUCCCAGAAGCUCUUGCUACAAUUUUUGUUAGCUGUCAUGCGCUGAGCCCUUCAGUGCAUGUCAGAUCGUGUGAUCAAUGAGUGGGGGGAGGGGGGGGGGCAGGGACUCGAUCCCAGGUAAGGAGGCAAACUGUUCUAAAAUGGACUACUGACACCAUAAUCCCUAAAGUGUGCUGUAGAGGUUAAUUGGACACUAUAGUCACUAGAACAACUACAGCUUAAUGUAGUUGUUUUGGUGAGUAUAAUCAUUCCCUGCAGGCAUUUUCAUGUAAACACUGCCUUUUUCAGAGAAAACGCAGUGUCUACAUUGACCUAUAUUUAGACUCCACAGAUGGCCACUGGAUGUGCUUGCUGAGGCAGUGCUCUGCUUGGACGCACUGAAUUUUCCUCAUAGCAUUUCUAGCCUCAUACAGACGAUACUGGGGGAAAAACUGACCCCAACUCCAGAUUCUUUCAUCUUCCUUCUCCCACCCAAAUUUUCCCAAAAACUCAACUACUCCUACAUUUGAUAACCGCGGCAAACCAAUUGAUCCCUAUAUACUGGGAAAAAAUCAAACCCGCUGCCCAUAAGAGAUUUGAUCCAAAGAGUGGAAACCACUAGGAAUAUGGAGGAAAUUUGCUACUCCCUCUCAGACAGAUACCACUCUUACACAUCUAUCUGGUCCUGGUGGUGCACGUACCUUCAGCAUUCCCCAUGAGGGGGAAUCCCACACGCACCCUUGGGCAAGACACAAUAGCAUGGGCAAGCUAACCGAAGGGGAAAACUUCCAACAUACACUCCAUACCAUUCUACCAGGGUUGUCUUUGUUUUUGUAUUUACUUAAACACAUCUUGAUUCACAAACCAUACAGACAAUUGUUAUCAACAAAUUCUUGUUUUCUAUGUAUUUGACGCAUACAGAUAAUUGUCACUUCUCAAUAUUCUAUGUAUAUAAAACAGUGAUAUCUGUACCAUGACUUUUUGCAAAUAAUAAUAAAAAAAAAGUAAUUGACUCUGCCCAUCCCAGACACAUUGGCACUGCAGAUUUGGAUUGACCUAUUGGCAGUCAUUUGCUGUUUACUUCUUCUUAUAUUGUUUAAAUUUGUUUAAUAUUAGUUUUAAAAUAUAUUUUCACUUCUGAUGCUUGUAUUAAUCCUGUGUUUUGGUUUUUUUAGUUUUUUAUAUAUAUAUAUAUAUAUAUAUAUAUAUAUAUAUAUAUAUAUAUAUAUAUAUAUAUAUAUAUAUAUAUAUAUAUAUAUUAAAAAUUUCAGCAGAGGGAAAAAAAAAUGCAUUGAUUCAAUGCAUCUCUAUGAGGAGGUUCUGGCGCUUGGCCAUGCCGCUUGCUGACUGCAGCCAAUCGAAUGCUUUCUCUUUAUGGAAAAGCAUUGGAUUGGCUAAAAAUCAUAAAUUCUGAUGAUGUCAGCAAGGAAUAUUUAAGAAUAUUUAAACAUUUAUGAGAGUGAAAGUCAAUGACAAAUGACGCCAAUAAAGGAUGUACAGUUUAUAGUUGCGUGGGCAGUGGGACACUAUAAUGUUAGGAAUGCAGCUUUGUAUUCCCAAUACCAUAGUGUUCCUUUAACAAAUAUUUGUUACUAAAGAAAACUGCAAUUUUAUGAGACUUCAUAAAAAAUACAAUAUUUUAAAAUUUUACAUAAUUCACAAUUCAUUUUUUCCUGCCUUUUCAGUUCUGCUAUGUUGGCAUAAAAUGUGCUCUGGUCAAUUCAUAACACGCUGUGAUACAAGUGGAUGGCAGAAUACGAGUUGCAUUUUAAAUGAUACCUAUGGACAUUUGCACUAUAACCCCUACAGUGGGCUCAUCUGUUUUAUCGUGCUUUAAGUGCUCUUUAUGUAACUGCAUUAAGAUUCUGAUGAUAAUCCUCAAUAUGUCUAGCUGUGAUAUUGCCUUCUGUAUGUGGUUACAGUAGACCUAAGAAAAACACUUGUUGAAAAUCUGUUAUUUUAUGGAUGAACUCGAGAGUGGCUCAAGGGAUUGGUAACCAAGAGAACAGGGACUCAUGGGAUGAGUUCUUAUCUCCUGCCAGUGUACAGCUUGUGGCAAAUAAGUUAUGAUUGUCCUUGGUGCAGAAAGCAUUGGGUAGGUGAUUGAAUAAAAAAGGUAAUUUGGAUAUAUAUCUCAAGAUGACUGUGUGCAAGUGUUAAAGGGACAACCUAAUUCCUGCAGUUUGCUUACAGCUUGGUUAGAUUGCCUAAAGUAGGCUAAGUCCUCCAGUUCAAUUAAAAAGUGUUAAUUUUGUGUAAUCAAUGUGUCUGAGAUCGAGGCAGAUGAUGAUUUCUGUUCUUAGUUUUAUAUUAAACCGGGACAUGAUGCUCUAGAACUGUAGUUUGAAAUAUUGGGCUAUUAUCAAUAGAUUAGUGUGUUUUAUUUUUUUAUUUAAAAAAAAUCACAUAAUUAAUUUGUACCUUGUUAUGAAGGAAUUACUGCAUUGAUGCUUUAUAUUUCUUAAAACAACCUGUAAAUGUUAGAUGCGUUUUUUUUUUUUUUUCUCUUUGUAUUCUAAACAUACUUUUGUUAAAACAAUUCCGAAGCUCUCCAGGGAUGAUUUUAUUCUCCGAGUGUUACCUGCUGUUAACUUAUCGAUAAUAAAUGUAUUUUAUUUACACUAAACAUUCAUGUAGUGUUCUUUACUGUUGGGAUAUUGUACCUUUUAGAAAAAAAAAAAUUAGAGAUACUGUAGGGUUUGCAACCUGAUUUUGUAUGAAUUUUUUAAAAAAAACAUUUUUAAUUCUCAGGUUCUUAAAAUCUACAAAUGUUGUUUGCUCACAAAAUGCGAAAAAUAUUGAUGUAAACUGUUCCCUGAGGUAAUAACAUAGUCUGAACCAGUACACGUUAGAGAGUUGUUUAGAAAUGUGGCCAGUCCAUUGAUCCUCUGCACUCUCUCUGCUCCCUUCCCCCCACAAUGUCCUUUUUAUUCUCUCCCACCAUCCCGUUUUUUCUGCCUCUCUCUUCCCCCUCCUCUCUCACGCUCUCUUGACUUCUGUUCUCAUUCCCUCUCUUUUCUACAUUCCCUAUUCUGCAGCCUGCAGUGUUCCCUCCCUUAAUCACUUGUCUUUCUCUCCCCUCCAGCACUGUGCCUAGAUGUGCUACCUCUUAACCCUUUAGCUGUAUCGGAAGACAUCUGUUGUGGGUUUUGUUUAUUUUUAUUUUUUGCUUUUUCUUUAAAUACUUGAGUAGUUGGGACUUUUUACAAACUUUUUUUUCUUAUUUUCGUAAACACUUUAAAAGAUGCAUUAUAGGCAUUAUGCGGCAUUAAAGAUGCAUUAUAGGCACACAGACCACUUCAUUUACUUUAAGUGAUCUGCGUGCAGUGUCCCCGUUUCCUUAACCCUGUACUGCUUCCUGCAGGUUAAUGGAGUUUGGCAUUGAGGCAAUGCUUUCCUAUGGGGAAGGUCUAAAGCUGCAGUUGUUCUGAUGACUAUAGUGUCCCAUUAAGAUUGCAAAUAAUCUGACGGAUUUGUGUUUAUGGAUGCAGGGAGCAAGAUUUGAAAGCUGUUGUACUUCAACGAGGAUUGCUCAAGUCACGCUGUGUGAAAUUAACUUUUUCCCACAGAGAAACGACUGAUAUUGAGGCAUAUGUUUAGUAACAGAUCUAUUUAAAAAAAAUUAAAAAAAAAUAUUUAAGUGUUGCUUUAAAAAAAAUAUAGAGACGUAUGUUAGAUUUGUUUUCUAAACAAAACUUCUAAGUACAUUUUUUAGCUUAACUGCAUGAUGACAUAAGCAGACAAGUGGCUCUGGUGUUGAACUGUACGUGGCAGAAGUGAGUUCAUACAAAGUCCAUCUAAACUUGCAAUAAACAUAAGCGGGAAUUCAGUGCAUACUAUUUUAUAUCCCAGGCUUCCCUACACACAAAUGCCUAUGGUCCAAAGAUGUGAGGUGUGGGAAAAAAUACAAUAAAUGUAGAAAUCCACACGUCUUUUAUCAUGCAAGUGGGAGACUCCAUUUGGGCCUCUGUCAAUCAUUGUUCAAAGCUCUGUCCUUUGCACCAGACAGUCAAAAUAGAGAAAGAGAAACUGUUUUGUUUUUACUGUUUUGCUUUGCUUUGCCUUGUUUAAACUGGACUAUGAUAUCUUUAUGAUAUGGAAAGAUUGUCAGUCUCACCGUUCACUCAAACAGAGAAGUCGCCGUUUACCAGGAAAAUCUUCAAUGUAAAAAAAGUCACAUCCCCACACUAAUUUAAAGUCACCAGAAAAACUAUAGCUUAAUGUAGUUGUUCUGGUGAGUAUAAUCAUUGCCUUCAGGCAUUUUAAUGCUCAGAUGGCCACUGGAGAUGCUUCCUGGCUCAGUGCUGCACAGUAGGCAGCAGUGCUGUUCAGCGUCUCCAUGCUCUGCAUGGGGACGCUGAAUUUUCCUCAUAGGUGCUGAUUGGCCAAAACGGCAUUUGGCCCCGCCCCUUACCGAUUUUAGCAAAGCAUUGGAUUGGCUAAAAAUCAGCAAUUCUGAUGACGUCACCAGGGGGCAGGACCAGUGCCUGUGGACCCGCGCAGCGCUGGAAAAAAGUUAGUUUUAUUAACUUUUACAGGGGCUAUGAGGGGCAAGCCACCUAAAUGGUGUGUUAAACACUAUAGGGUCAGGAACACAUGGUUGUUCUCCUGACCCUAUAGUGUUCCUUUAAUAUGUUAAUAUGUUCAUCCAUCCUGCUAGGUAAUUUUUGUGAUGUCUGAUUUUUAAUUAUGUAUAAAUGUUUAAUAGACAUUUAAUAGUUCAGAAAAAUACAGAAGUGUCACUUCUAAUUUUAUGUCUCUCUAUAUCUAAAAAAAAAUGUGUAGGUCAUGAAAAAUACAAUUAAAUGUAGUUUUCCACACACCUUUGUCCUGUGCGCCUGGCAGUCAGCUUAGAAUAAAGGACCACUAUAGUGCCCUGAGGGUGCCCCCACCCUCAGGGUCCCCCUGCUGCCGGGCUCUGGGGAGAGGAAAGGGGUUAAAACGUACCUUUUUUCAGCGCCGGGCGGAGAGCUCUACGCCUCCGAUCCUCCUCCUCUCCUCCCUUUCGGCUGAAUGUGCACGCGCGGCAAGAGCUGCGCACGCAUUCAGCCGGUCUCAUAGGAAAGCAUUUAGAAUGCUUUCCUAUGGACGCUUGCGUCUUCUCACCGUGACUUUCACAUUGAGAAUCACGCAAGUGCAAAGUGCAUUGAUGUACAAAUUUUUUUGCCAUAUACAUUGUUUAUUUCAAUGAUGGAUGGAUACCUUCCCAUUUCCAAGUUACCCUUCCUUUCCUACCCCUAAUACAAUGUUUGUAUUACUAUCACUUGUUAUACAAAAAUUUUAAAAACUUUAAUAAAAAUUAUUUGAAAAGAAUCACGCAAGCGCCUCUAGCGGCUGUCUGAGACAGCCGCUAGAGGAUUUGAGGGCUGUAUUAACCCAUUUAUAAACAUAGCAGUUUCUCUGAAACUAGGUUUAUAAAAAAAAAAAUGGGUUAACCCUAGCUGGACCUGGCACCCAGACCACUUCAUUAAGCUGAAGUGGUCUGGGUGCCUAGAGUGGUCCUCAAGCAUUGAAAGAUGAGAUGAAACAAAUCUCGUGUCUCAAGUGAAUUAUAUUGAAAUUUAUUAAAUCUUAAAUAUAGAUUAAAAAAUAAAAUACAUAUAAGGUGGGGGUGGGGGGAUUAAAAACUAGUAAUAGGUUAUUUUUCAUUGUUUUAUUCAAUGGUUACUCCAACCAAAAAUCUUUCUCCCAGCUGCCUGAUCCUCCUCCUCCUGCUGACGUUACUCCCCCUUUGCAGCAAGGAGGGAGUGAUCAAGCAUUUAGAACAAGCAUGUCAAACUCGCGGCCCACAAGGGACCUCUUUGCGAGCGGCGAGUACAUGCUCGGUGUUGUAGCAGAGUAGGUACCUGCUUUCCCCGCAUUGCAGGUGCCUACUCUGCUAAAACUUACCCGGCCAGGGAGGAGGGCCAGCGAGGGAGCUCAGUGUUUCUGCUCCUUGCGUGCCAUCUGUAGUGAAACUGGGUGCCGGAAUAUGAAGUAAUUCCAGCACCCGGCAUCACUAAACCGCGUAAGAGAGCAGUGAGGAGCAGAUAGAAGGACCCCAGGGAGAUGCCCCACAUCAACUUCAAAAGGUAGGGAGCAAUAAAGAAAAGUGUGUGUAAGUGUUGAAUUGGCUGUGACUGGACAGUGGAGUACCUGGAGGUGCAUGGAGGCACGCAACUCCACGUCACAUUCCGUGCUCCACCUUCACAGGGUUUCAAGAAGUAGCGGUAGGAUCAGAUUUGGCACAGGGUGCGGACGCGCCAUUUGGGGUAUACCAGAGGCCGGACUCCAGAGUCGCAUACUGGCAGCGGCAAUGUGAGUGGAGUCUGCUUGUUGGCUAGAGGGGGAGGACUGGGAUUUAGUAUAUGAGGGGGAGGGGGAGGACUGGGAUUUAGUAUAUGAGGGGAGGGAGGACUGGGAUUUAGUAUAUGAGGGGGAGGACUGGGAUUUAGUAUAUGGGGGGGAGGACUGGGAUUUAGUAUAUGAGGGGGAGGACUGGGAUUUAGUAUAUGAGGGGGAGGACUGGGAUUUAGUAUAUGAGGGGGAGGACUGGGAUUUAGUAUAUACUGGGAUUUAGUAUAUGGGACUGGGAUUUAGUAUAUGGGGGGGACUGGGAUUUAGUAUAUGAGGGGGAGGACUGGGAUUUAGUAUAUGAGAUGGGGGGAGGACUGGGAUUUAGUAUAUGAGAUGGGGGAGGACUGGGGUUUAGUAUAUGAGGAGGGAGGACUGGGAUUUAGUAUAUGAGGGAGGGGAAGACUGGGAUUUUAGUAUAUAUGAGGAGGGAGGACUGGGAUUUAGUAUAUGAGGAGGGAGGGACUGGGAUUUAGUAUAUGAGGAGGGGGAGGGACUGGGAUUUAGUAUAUGAGGGGAGGACUGGGAUUUGGUAUAUGAGGGAGGACUGGGAUUUAGUAUAUGAGGGAGGGAGGACUGGGAUUUAGUAUAUGAGGGGUGGGAGGACUAUAGUAUGGGGGAGGACUGGGAUUUAGUAUAUGGGGGGGGAGGACUGGGAUUUAGUAUAUGGGAUGCUGUUUUGUUUUUUUAAUACUGUAAUUUUCAAAAUAAACCUAGGUGUUUCUAUGAAAAUUAAGGUUUUGUUUUUUUGCGGCCCACAUAAACUUAAACCUUGUUUAUGUGGCCCGUGCUAGACUUCGAGUUUGACAUGCUUGAUUUAGAAGAACCAUUAUUGCCGGCCUGUUUAGUAUUUUCUUCUUCUGCAAAUCUUGAGUUGGACUUGAAGUGGUUCUACUAUCCCAGAGUUCAAAGCUUGACAUGCAAAUGAGCAUAGACAGGCAUGUUUCAGACUUCAUACUGCAUUUCUAUCUUCUAUCCUUGGCAGAGGACACGGUUUUAAAUACAGCAUUUUUUUAAAUUUUUUAUUUUAUUUUAUUUUUUUAAUUUUUUUAAACCAACGCAUUCUUACAGUAAGACAGCCAUCCCAUAAAAUAAUCAAAUGUUAUAAUGAAACCUAAAUCCCAAAUGAUCUUUGCGGUACAAUGCAAGACAUUCCUUGUGAGAUUUUAAUUGUUCUUUUGGUGUUCUGUAAAUUUCUGGAAGAGUGAAAAUCUUCCAGGGUAAUUGCAUCAACGUUUUGGACUGUCCUUUUGUGGCAAGCAUAUUGGUAAGCUUUGCUGGGUGGGAGGCAGGCAGUCUGUCUGGUUUGGGGAAGUAUUGUGGUGUUGGAUGUAUUUUGGAAAACUGUCAGUUUUGGGCCAAUUUUUUUUAUUUUUUUUCUUCCUAAAAUAUCCAUUUUGGCAGAUCAUCGUGUUGGUUUUUUUUUCCUUCAUUUUUUACAUUGUUUUGUUUCCAGGUUUCUUUCGUCUAUAACAAGCUUUUUCUUAAUUUUCUUUUUUUUUUGUGCAAUGUAUUACAUAUAACAGAAUAACUCACCGUGCCACAACAGCAGUAGCAAUCAUUUUAAAUACACUUAAUGACAUAGUUGUUGAGAAAUCAGAACAAUGCGUUAUGAGAAUAGACAGGCUAAAUAUGCUUAGGUAUACUGCUAUGACUUGGACAAGUUUGGUAUGUAUGGGCAGCGUUUAUGCAUUGUGGCACUCAAGAAUAACUUUCACUUUUUUUUUUUAUUAUAUGACAAACAAGAAAAACAAUAGGUAAGGUAAAACAAGAUGGGAUAGAGUAGUGGCAUAUGCAUAAUAUAAAUAGGUCAAGCUUGGGUAGUUAGAACACUCAUCAAGGCUAAGCUAGUGCACUGCGUAGCUGAGAUGUAGAAACAUAAGUCAGCGAAGAGUCAAUAGCGUCCUCAGGAGUAUGUGAGCUGAGCUAACGGACACUAACUGACAUUGACUGACAUUAUUAUGGUGAGCACAUGAGUAAAUAUGUGAUGUUCGCUGAUUAAAAAAAAUAGGUGUGUGACAGAAGCUAGAAUCUUAAGUUAUUCAGUUUAUUUUAAGUGUCACGAGAGUCACUUAGUCCACGCCAGCAGCUGCUAUGACACUGUCCCCCAAGGUGGUGUUUUACUGCAUGAGAUCCAUAGGGUGAGAUAGAAGCCUCUGAGAUUCCCUGUGUGUGUCUUUACCUUCUGCUUCCCGAUUGGGAAACUCAGGCCUUGCCUCGGCAUGUGUCGGAGCAGGCCCAUUAGCAGCCUGUCUGGAGUUGAGCCGUUGCGGUCUGCGCCGUUGGAAGCUCACCCUCCGAGGGGUAGAGGCCUCAGGUCGAGCUUGAAAAUAUCGGGGACACUGUACAGGUGAGUGGCACUUUUGCUUCGUCAAUCUGCCAAGGAGACUGCGGCUCGGUAUCAAGCCCUGCUUCCAUGGAGAGCAUACCGCCUUGCUGGAUACUUAUUCCUGAUAAGGUUGCAGAGGUGAGUCAGCAGGUGACUGUAUGUGUGAGAGACCUUGUGCUCUGCUUGCCAACUCAUCCAGAAUGCUUCAAAUAUUCUGUCCAGUCUGGACUCGAGUUAGUUGCUGGAUCGUUUAGUUUUCUCCAGCCUCCAUUUUAAUAAUACCACUCUCCUGCCUGUGCUCCUGGCUGAUGCUUUCCCCGGACCCUAUGUCAAUGGUGUGCCGGGAUAACCCUCUCUGGCGCAGGACUUUCCGCCCCAGAUUCCGAGAUUAGGAGGGCGAUGUUGUUUCCGCCGCCUUACUGAAGCAUUUGUAGCUUCCUGCUCGUGAUUAGAGGCUCAGAAUUCUAUAAGAUCACUUAGAUUCAAAGUUCCUCACAGAGUUCAGGCUUAGUGCGACCAUUUGGUAUGGUGGUCAGGCCCCGCCCCCACAAGCUUUUCUUAUUUGGAGGGAUUUUUUUUUUUUUUUUUUUUUUCUCUCGCAUAAACUCUUAAGCCAAGUACUGUAAAAAGUACAUCUGUUUUGUAUCUGUAAAUCAGAUUUUAAUGGGCUUUACUUACUCAACAUUUAUGUUGAAAAAUAUUGGAAAUAGCGUCUGUAAAUAUGGUUAACCCUGCAUAACUAUACUUUUCAAGUUCCAUGCAGGGUUAACUGGGUCUGUGCUAUCAAAGUUCUGUGAUAAAACAUAAUCCCAAUAAUGUAACUUUGUCUGGGCACAACAGAUGUGGUUCUGUUAAUACGAAUCCAAAAUACAGUCCCAAGAACAAAAUUUGUCUCAGACUCGGGGGUCCUUAAUCAAUCCUUGGUAAGUGCAACAGGUGCCCGUCAAACCUCAGGUAAGUUGUCAAAUCAUUCAUUAACGGUUUGACUAUUUACUGUGGGAGGACAUAGUCACUCCUGGCACCAUAACAACCACCGCAUACUGUAUUGGUUAUCGUUCUUCGUGUUCCUUUAAAUGUAACUGCAGCCCAUCAUAUAAUUUGUACUAGAAAACGUAUUGCUGAAACGGUAGCAGUGCCUCUGAAACAUAUUUACUACACCCACUCCGUGAUGUUGGUACAUAGUUACAUAAAAAAUAAGUGGUAUAUUCAGUGACAGGUAAAUUGUUGACGAAAUUAAAGGAAAAUGUAUAAUAAAAAAAUAAAAAAAGAUUCAAGCUUCAACAACCAGAAGACAAUUGCAUACAUUCUGCCAACACGGUGCAUGUGUGCAUUUUGCAUUAAGUGACACGUUUAUCAGGUUUUCCUGCUAAUUCCUAGAAAGAUCGUGAUAUAUGUAGGUUUCUACAUGUGACUCAAUAUAACACCUUGUUAUUGUACAUGCAAAAGUACAAGGAGCAUUUUGUUUUUAUUAUACACCAACUUUAUUUAUUGUUUCCUAUUCGCUAUGUUGACACCUCUGUGGAUGGAUAUUUGAUCUAAAUAAUUUAUUAAACUGUCACCUAAUCCUGUGACAUCCUCAACAUUCAUCAUUGGCAGAUGUUCUAACAAAGGAGCAUUAUUUGUGUUGAUUGCUUGACAAAGCAUGAUUAAUGGAGGCGAGUUUCCUAUACUUUAUAAAGCUCAGACCCUAUAUAAUCCUUGCCCUUCUAUUCUUUGUUCGAGGGACUUGUAUCGGUUUGCCCUCAUCCAUUCCUUGUUUUCUCAUGUUUGUUUGGUGCCCAUUUUUCUGUUCACUGGAUCUUUCAUUAUGUUGCCUACCCUUCCUGAAUGGCUAAUUAGGAAUUACCUGCCUUCUGCCACUUGAUGAGCUACCAACUGCCAACCCAGCUCAGCUGUCAAAAAAACAAAAACAAACACUUAGUCAGAGAGAGAGAGCUGUUUUUAACCUACAUCAUCCUUUCUUAGUUUUACACGUAUUCACUAAAAGAUACAAAAAUAUACAAUUAAAAAAGUAUUCUUAUGUUAAAUGAAAUAAACAUAUGCGAUUGUCUAACUCUAUUUUCUGGAAGGAGUGAGCAGUAGAGGUUAUAUUGUAACACGUAUAUUUGUUUCCGGAUGUUUCCUCAUACUUGUACCAUACUGCUUAGAAUAAAAAAAUUUGUAUAUAGAUUUUUUUUUUUUUUUGGGGGGGGGGGAGUGGGGGCAUUCCUGGCCUUUCCAACCUUGAGAUGACUUUGAAUGCAUAGUUUUUGGAAUUUUAUGAGUUAAAACACAAAUUAUAAUACAUUGUUAAACAGUUUGGACCCUAUUAACACCUUAAGGACAUAACUCCUGAAAUAAAAGGGAAUCAUGACGGAAUAUUUCCAUCAUGUGUCCUUAAGGGGUUAAUCUCUUAAUCUAUAUUUGUUUUUAGAUACUUGCUGAUAUAUUUCAUAUUGUAGAAUGCUGUGGAAUAAGUUACCACUAUAUAAAUAAUGAAAAUUGUAAUAAAUAUUCACACAUUUCAUUUAAUGAGGUUUAUUAAACCUUUAAAAGAAUGAAAUAAAUACAUCAAGCACCAUAACCACUAUAGUGCCUGUAGUUCCUCUGUCCGUCCCACAGUAAGUAGACAAACUGUUUUAGCACACAUAUUUUCUCUUGGAAAAUCCUAAAAGCAAUACAGAGCUAUGCAGGACUAUGCUUAUUUGUUGUGAACAUCAACUGAGUGCUUGCAGCCAGUGAGCAGUGUUCUGCAUUGCCAGUGCUGAAUUCUUUUAAAGAUAUUUGGAAGACCGGAUGUGGUACAAGCACCUGGAGCACCACCAGGUAAGUUGUCAAACUGUACUAAAACAGUGUGACCACUUACUUUGAGACAGCACUACUUGAAUGACCACCAAGGAGCAUAGGCGUGUGCAGCCUAUUGCAUUAGGGUGUGCACCCUAAAGCACAAACACACGCCGCGCGUGUGUGUGUAUAUAUAUAUAUAUAUAUAUAUAUAUAUAUAUAUAUUCACAGACACACUCACACACACUGACACACACACACACUCACUGACACACACACACUGACACAUACUCACACACUCACUGACACACACACUCACAGACACAUACUCACACACUCACACUGACACACACACACUCACUGAGUGUGUCACACACACUCACAGACACACACUCACAGACACACACUCACAGACACAUACUCACACACUCACAUAUACUCACUGAGUAUGUGUCACACACACUCACAGACAAAUACUCACACACUUACACACAAUCACAGACACACACAUACUCACACACUCACAGACACACACUGACACACACACACUGACACAUACUCACACACUCACUGACACACACACACUGACACAUACUCAGACACACACUCACAGACACACACACACUCACAGACACACUGACACAUACUCACACUGACAUACUCACACACACAAAUUAUUAUAUUAAAUUUUUUUUAAAAAAUGUCCACCCAGCCUCCUACCUGGAGUGCUGGUGGACUUGUUCCUGGGGUCCAGUGGGGGCAGGCGCCUUUCUCCAGCUCAGCCGCGGCGAGGGAGCUCUCUGCUGUCGGCUCUCUGCUUCCUCUCGCCGCGCGGGCUGUCUGCUGGAGCUGGGAGCCGGAAUAUGACGUCAUAUUCCGGCUCCCGGCAUCAGCGCGCGGCGAGAGGGAGCUCUCUGCUGUCGGCUCUCUGCUCCCUCUCGCCGCGGCUGAGCUGGGGGGUCGGGUGGGGGGAAUCAUCACCUCUUGCCCUCCCAUGACAGGGGCAAGAGGUGAAACAGGGGACACUGAGUGCCUGCAGGAACAGCGUUCCUGCUCAAAAAAAGUGCAGGAACGCUGUUCCUGCAGGACUCAAACCAUUGGCGUGCCACGGGGAUUAGGGUGUGCCCAGGCACACCCGGCACACCCCGUGCGCACGCCUAUGCCAAGGAGUGAUAACCACUUCAGCAGAACGUUGAAUUAUUAUAGCAAUAACAUUUUUCUAUUCAUUUGUCUUCAGUACUGGAGAUCAGAAAAAAGAAAUUAAAGGACCACUAUAGUGCCAUGAAAACUCAUUUUCCUGGCACUAGUGUUAAUAGGUCCCACUCCCACAGGGCUGAAGGAGGAGGAAGCCUCCCUCUUCCGAUGUCAUCCGCCGCAUGCGCGGCAAGAGCUGUGCGCACAUUCAAUCAGUCCAUAGGAAAGCAUUUCUCAAUGCUUUCCUAUGGACGGCAGCGUCUUCUCACUGUGGAAAUCAAUGUCAAUGAGACAGCCACUAGAGGCUGGAUUAACCCUAUUGUAAACAUAGCAAUUUCUCUUAAACUGUUUACAGCUGCAGGGUUAACCCGAGAUGGACCUGGCACCCAGACCACUUCAUUGAGCUGAAGUGGUCUGGGUGUCUGUAGUGGUCCUUUUAACAGGAAGAGUAUGUCUCACGAUUCUCCUCCACUGAAAAACUCAAAUCAUAGUAAUAAAUAUAAUAAGGCAUUUGAGUGCAUGUAAAGGUAGAAGAGCGUUGCAGUGUAUGAAAUAAAAAGGUCCCCCUUUUUUUUUUGUACAAGAAAGCAGAAUAACUGCACAGUGUACAAGGCUAUGAUUCUCUCUCUUUAAAGAAGAAAGCAAACCUGCAUUGCUGCAAGAGUUCUACCGACAAGUAGGUCGAAAUUCAUACAAAAAUAUUUUUGGAUUGUUAGAUGGGCACACGAAGAACCUUAAGCAUUGUCUUUUGUUUGGUCUCUGAUCCUUGCUUUUUGACUUUUUGGAACCUAAGCAUAGCCCCAUCUGUUUCUGCUCAGUUGAAGGAAUGCUCCAAGCACCAAAACUACUACUGCUCACUGUAGUGGUUAUGCUGCGAAGAGUGCCCCGUGGUAAAUAUAGUUAAAGCAGCACGGUCAUGCGGAACAUACCUUUCUCCUAUGGUUUCCUCUUUUCUUCCUUUCUGAUCUAGUUUUCUUUAGUAUUUUUACUAUGCUUGCCCAGCUUUGACCCAGAGGAGGAGUUGAAGUCCGAGUACUUUCUCUGACACAGGAAAUGGAGCUGACUUAAACUCCUCCUUUGGUCAAGCGUAGUAAAAAUACAGUAGACAAAGUAGUCUCUACUUUGUUUUAUGCUUUAAAGAAAACUAGAUCCGGUAGGAAGAAAAGAAGAGAUUCUGAGAGAGGAAGAGAAGAUAAGAGGAAACCAUAGGAGAAAGGGAAGUUCCGCAUGACAGUGCCACCUUAAACUGUUUAGAUACAGUUUGACAACCUACCUGGGUGCCUGCAGCUACAUCCCCAUACACCCUGCCAUAUCUAGAUUCCUCUACAUAGCUAAGCAGGGCCAUGCAGGCCUCUGCUCAUUGGUUGAGAGCAUCACCUGAAUCCAAUGUUUGCAGUCCUGCGUAAUCUGCUUUAGUCUGUGAAGACAUCUGACUUCUCCUGCAUUACGGGACAGCAUGUAGUAGCUACUAAAUUGGUUUGACUACUUGCAGUGGGACAGAGCCUGGGUACUACUGGCACCAUACACAAUACAGCCGGCUACUGUGUGUUUUUCAUUUGGAAGAUUGCCUUCCACUUUAUCCAUCUUAGCUGUCCAAGAUUAAAUGGAAAAUGCAAAAAUUAUUCUCCUCCAUUAUCCAUGCAAAAGAAACUUUGAGUGAAUGAGCGAACUCUGAUUUCCAGUGCCAAAAAUUAACUCCUGUACAAAGCCAUUCAUGAAAAUGUGAAUUGUUGAGCAUUGCAAAUCUUAGAACUACAAUAACCAAGCUGGAAAAUUGUCAGAGCUGGAAAUUGUUUAGACUUCUGACCUUGUCUUAAAGGGGAAGUAUAUGCACCCAGACAACUUCAUCUCUGGGUGCUGUGUCCCUGUCUCAGUUUUUGUUAGAAACGGCAAUGUUUAUAUUGCAGUACUAAGAUUGCUGUCAGUGGCUGUUAGAUAACCAGUAGAGGCAUUUCCAGAGAGUUUACCGGACCUUGGGUCCCUUAAAUAAUGCUGGACAUUCUCACGUGCUGCAUUAAAGAUGUCCAGCAUCAGUGAAAUCCCCCUAGGAAAGCACUGAUUUAAUGCUUAUGCUUUACUAUGGGGAAGGUGUACUGCUCUCCCCGCGCAUGCUCAUUAGGCCUACCCCAUCAGAGGUGGCGGCACUGACCCCGCUCUCGGGGACAUCGGUGCUGGAAUUAGGUGAGUAAUCCUUUGUGCGGAUGAGGUGACGUGGGGGAGGGGAGGGACUAGAGGGCACUAUAGUGAUGGGAAUACAAAGCUGUAUUCCGAACGCUAUAGACUCCAUUUAAAUAUUUCAAUUUUCUGGUCAGUUCCAUGUAAUUAGCUGUUUAAUUGUUAAUUCAGUGCCAUGUAUGUGAGAUACACUAGCUUUUUUUUAAUUGUCUGCUGUCAGUUAUUGAAGUUAGACUCAGGAUCAUGGUUAGAAAGUUAAGUUAACAGAUACACAUGAAGGGUUAUAUUGGCUAAAUAGUGAAUUUUAAUGAAACAGAAUUGCAAUUUUUAGGUCAAUAUAAAUGCUUUGGAACAACAGCAGUGUUUUAACAACUUGGACACAUUUUGUAAUCCUUUUUUAAAUAUCGGUAUACAUACAUGCAGUUUCUGCUUUUCUUCAUCCUUGAAGCACAGUAAGAUUAGGUUGCAUGGCAUGUCUCGGUCAACCCUUCCUGCCUAUUUCCCAUUAUUCAAAGCAAUGAGGUGUACAACAUGAACAGGCAUACACUGCUUUUUGCAGCUCAAUACUCUAACUAUACAGGUGAAUAUUUGACCACUAUGGUGAUAAUCCUGUUCACAGUAGGAACUGAACCAUAGUCUUCAGUUGUCUGCUAUAGCAGUGGUUCCUAAAUUUUUUUUUUUUUUUUUUUUUUUAGGUCCAAGGCGCCCUUAAUAUUUAAAUAUUUUUUUUUUCAAGGCACCCAAAGUCAAAAUUUCUAGGUUGUAUAUCUGUACAGCGCUGCAGCAUUUACUGGCGCUAUAGUGUAAUGUAUAGUGUUAAUGUUUGAAGGGGUGCUUGUAUAUAAUGCUAGUGUUCUAAUACAGGGGUGUGUGUGUGUAUGUAUGUAUGUAUGUAAUGUUUGUGUUUGAUUGCAAGAGUGUUUGUAUGUUGUGCUGAUGUUUAACUGCUUGGAUGUAUGUACAUACACUCUUACACAGAUAUACAUGCACAUACACACACCGAUACUUAUAAAUACACACAUUCAUAGACACCGAUAAAUACACAUGCAUACACCGACAUAUACACACACCCUGACACACAAACAGUGAUACAUGGACACACGGAUGCACACCCUGACAUAAACUCACAAUAUUUUUUUUUAUAUCUCCAGCCACCCUCCUGUUGGCUUACCUUGUAUGUCCAGGAGGGUGGCUUGGAGUCCUGCUGCCUGGUGGGAGAGAGGGGUUUGGAGUAGCUCCUGGAAUGCCCCUCUUCCCUCAUGCUGUGUCUGCCUCUUCUCCCUUUUGCACGUUCUCUCCUCACAAAGCUGGGAGGAAGUGACAAGCUGUCACCUCCUCUCAGCCGGCCGACAUUACAGGGGCCGGUCGCGACCUUAAAGGUCCAUGGCACACAACCGGACCCCUGUUCAGCAGUUAUGUUUCCCCGGUGCUAUAAUCAUAGGUUCCCUGGUGCUAUAAUCAUAGCACCAGGGAACCUUUCUGUGGCACCCCGGGGCACCGCGGCACACAGUUUGGGAACCACUGCGCUAUAGUAAUUGUUUUUAAUGUAAUGUCUUUUGAAAUAUUUCAUUGAUGUGGCUGUCAUUUUUUUUAAUAAGUAAAUAAAUAAAAAAAGUUUUUUGUUAUACUACCUUUGGUGUAUCCUUAAAGGUAUUUUGAAUAUAAAUAUCGAGGUGUGUGUGUGUGUGUGUGUGUGUGUGUGUAACAUUAUUGGUACAGUUUGGAGACAUCAUUUAUUCUGACUUGUGUUCCAAAAAGGAAGUAGGUACAUUGAGUGGCAUACAAAUGGUCUACCAAUAAAGUAAGCAAGAUCAGAGUCAAUAUUGUAUAUCAUUUUCAUCCAGGAACGAUGCCCUUAAACAUUUUAGAACACGUGGGGUUAACAAGUAACAGACUAUCUAGCAUCAGUGCAUCCUUCUCUAUAUGUUCUGGAAACCUGAGUGUACUUGAUCUCUUAACUCCUGCGCCCUGAAGUAUCUUCACAGAAGAUAAUCGCUUUAAGCAAGCUAAGCUAAUUAUAGUAUUGUCCUUUCAAGAGGAUUCUCUCUUCUUGAUCUACCAUUGGACGGUAGAACUCUGCUUUUUCAAUCCACCUUUUCGUCUACUCUUUUAAAAUAAUGCUUUAAACCCAGUAUAAACUGGUUAACAGAAUGGUCAUCCAUACAGAUGUUCAAUCUUUAAAUGGACACCAGAAUAACUACAGAAUAGUCACCAGAAUAACUACAGCUUAUUGAAUUUGUUCUGGUGAGUAGAAUCAUUCCCUUCAGGCUUUUUGCUGUAAAUACUGUCUUUUCAGAGAAAAUGCAGUGUUUACAUUACAGCCUAGUGAUUCCUCCACUGGCCACUCCUCAGAUGGCUGCUAGAGAUGCUUCCUUGGACAGUGCUGCAGAGUGUGACUGACAUUCGGUGUCUCCACCCAUGCAGACACUGAACUUUCCUCAUACAGAUUCAUUGAUUCAAUUAAUCUCCAUGAGGAGAUGUUAAUUGGCCAGGGGUGUGUUUUACCAUAUUUAGAGGGGGAGGGGUAGGGGGGUGCUAGAUAAUGGUUUUAACACUAUAGUCAGGAAUACAUAUUUGCGUUCCUUUAAUAAUGGUGGCACACAUUUGUUUACUUUUUUUUUUUUUUGAUUUUUGUGUAGUAAUUUAUACAGUUCUGAUUUUGUGAACUGGCCAAGUUAUCUGAGCUGUUCUAGAGAUUAGACACCACUAUAAAACGAGCAAUUCAAACUAUUGACUAAAUAAGAAAAACUAUAAAUUACAUUCUAUGAAAAGAUAAAGAAAUGUAACCCUUUUAUUUUGUUGUUUCUGCUAUCUGCAGUGCCGAUACUAGGUAUAAUGCACAAUAAUUAUGGGGAAGAAAGCAUGCAUUCACACAGUGUUCAUUUUGUCGACUAACAAUUUUUUUAGUCAAAUUUUAGUCAACUAAUAUUGAGAUUUAGUCAACUAAAACAAUUCAGAUGACUAAAAUACGACUAAAACUAGUUUGGAUUCUUAGUCAAAAGGCUGACUAGAACUAAAUUUAAAUUUGCAGCCAAAAUUAAAACUGAUUCACUUAAAUGUGAGACACGUUGGACAGAUUGGGAUGAGGGUGUACCUGGAUGCACGAGGAUGUACACGCCUAUGCUUUGCACAUUGUGUGUUAUUCAUUACUGUUGGAAGUUUCAUUUAACACUACUAGAGACUAACUGGCUUUCGCCUAUCAGGAGUCCCAGUGGGACUUCAGAUAUCUGCUGGUGCAACUCAAGCAGUGAUUGCAUGUGAUGAGAGACAAUCCUCCAUUUACGCGUUGCAGCACUCAGAGGAAGUGAUCUCAGAAAUUUCCCCCAAGCACUUGAACGGGAAUCUGCACUUGUGUAAGACAGCCUGUGGAAGCUAUCGCAGAUCCUGCCCUUAACCUGUACCUGGCCAUCCCGGUCCCCAAUGGACCCCAGGAAAGUCGCCUACUCUGCUUGAUAUUCACAGAGCUGGAGAAUCCGCCUUCUUCUCAUACAAAUAAUACAAACCGUCCCCACAACGCCACUGACAUGCAACCAACCAGACAAGCAGCCGCACAUGUACACACGCCACCAAAAAGCACAAUGUGAAAUAUAUACACAAUUCCACAAGCAGCCCACAUUCAGAAACAAUACUGCAAACGGUCCAAUAUAAAAGCCUACAUGUGCACAAAUACAAUGCUACAAAGCAACUGUAGCACCCAUAAAUAACACAAGCAGAAUACGGCAACAUACACCCAUCAUUUUAAAAUGAGUGGCACGCCAAGGGACCUCAAGAUCUUGUUUUGGCUCAGUACUACUAAAAUGUUGCCUAUUCCUGUCCUAGAACAUGAGUGACAGUGUUGCAGGGCGUAUUUUAUUUUGUUAUAGAACUCAACACUGUAUGAAUAUCCCUCUGUCUCAAAGCCCAGCCUCCAGCUGCAUUAAGUGUGUACAAUGUAAGUACAGUUCUCAAGCCUAUAAUCCAACAUCUGGAUCUCUUCACAAGCAAAGCUAGUGAGAACAGACUGUGAUUCACAUUAGGAUUCUGUUUAAUUUUGACACUUUGGAAAACCAGCACCCGUAGCCACACAGCGCUCCCUGUAGUAUUAAUGUCCUGGUGUGUAUGUUGGAGUACAAUACCUCCUUGCACUGGCUGUAUAACACGUUAACGCCCUGUCUGCUUGCAGUCCUGGGUGUAUAAAUUGGUCAUUUAGCUAUUUUUAUGUCUGCAGCCCCGAUUUAAACCCAUACUGUAGCUUUGGGCUGCAGAUAAGAGGAGCUGGUAUUUACAUGUACUAAUAAUAGGAUAUUGUUUUAUCUGUUCAGAAUGUGAAGGGAUCAUGCACUGCCCUUUUAUAGUCUGAGGGAGCUUUGUGUAUUUGAAUGGCAUUUACAUCCUUGAUGGUGUUACCCUGCCAUAGAAACCAUUCUUGUAACUUCAUGCCAUACUGAAAUAUUUCACACAUUUCUGUGAUGUGUUUACCCUCUGAGCUCUUAGUUUUAUUCUUUUUAUAUUGUCCCUUGAAGGCCGUUCCAUCCAUUAAUUGAUUCAUAGAGAAGAAUUAAGGACCUAUGACACAUGCACAGCAAUCCAGGCGGAUGCAUUUUAUACGUAUUAAAUUCAAUGCUUCUUUAUGAAAAGUAUUAACCGUGUUGGCUUCAUCGUGCAACCUUGCCCAAUGAAAAAUGAAAAAUCUAAGAAACAUAACAAAACCAACAAUAUUUUGUUACAUCUAAUCCUUCUACUGAAAAGCACCAAAGAGCGAGAAAGCACUUAUUUUCAGUAAAGAAACAGUUCAGACCCCUAAAACACUUGCUUGCUGAAGGGCUAUUGGAGUGUUUAGGAGGUUUCCCUUACAAACUUUUUAUUAAUGGGCUUUUUUCAUGUGAAGUCACCUUAAUAAAACUGGAUGGGAACACCCCCAUGGCUGUCAAACUGACAGCCAAUAUGGCUUCAUCUCUCAGCAGGAAAGAACUAUAGCUUCUUUCCUGCAUAAUCUGCGCUUGGGCAUGCACAAAUUAUGGACUGAAUCCCUGGGAAAGUAACAUUACUGUUAGUCUCCUGGGACAGAUCAAACACUCAGCGAAGGAGUGCUUCCCACCAGAUAAAAAGUUAAAUGUCAUUGUGGCGAAACCGACCUCGCCACUGGGCAUUGGAGAAGACUGAUUGCCAGCCUCCUGCCAUGUGACUAUGGCCCCUGGGAUGUAUUGCCCUUUAAAGACAUGAUUUGGGCAUAAUGGAUUUGUGUUGUGCUGCUGCUGGCCCUUUAAGAACCAUCUGGGGACAUACUGUGGAGUUACUGGGUGGCCACCAUUUCCUGUAUCAGAGGCACAUGGUGAGAACAAUGGAUGAAGCACAUGGUGAGAACAAUGGAUGGUGGCCAUUUUAACUCACAGACACUGUUUGGACUUUUCAACACGGUGCCAUCUUGCCAGUAUUUGGUGCACAGAGACAUCGUGCAGUGGUUUUGGACUAUACAGCAGGGGACACAUUAUAAAGUGAUUGUUUUUCAUUUAGCCUGUAUAUGUUCUGCAGAAUCUGCAUUAAACUGUAUUUUCCAAAGUACUGAACGGAUCUGGGUGAAUUUUGGAUAUGUGGUUCACCCAGAUCCCCCGGUUCCAAGGAUAUACUUUUUAUGGGGUUAUUGCAUGUUUUGGGGUCCCUGUGAUGUGUUUUAUGAAACUGUAUUUCUCUGUCUGUGAUAAUUAGAUAACCCAUUGUGUUCAGUAAUCAUAUAACAGGCAGAGGGGAGGAUUUUGUGUGGGAGUGUCUGUGUGUAUUGUACAGAUUGAUUGGUUGUUCUGUAAAACCCUGUGGGCAGUACUAAGUUUGUGGAUUGGGAAUAAAAGAGGCUGUAUGUGCCAGUCCAGUCAGUUCCUGCUUAACCCUCAAAGUGAAGUGUCGUUCAUUAUUGGGGGAGGAUUUAUUGUAUGCUGUUCCAGUUUGACUGCUAGGAGUGUAAACCUAUUCGCAUGGUUUUUCCUAUUCGGCUGUAUACAACAUUCAUAUGCUCCUACGGUUUGGUGGUUUUGGUGGCUGCUGCAGUGCUUGGAGUCCUCAGGAAGUGCUAGGAGCAUCCUUCAACGGAGGUACCCAGUCGGGGUGCCAGGUGAUCAGUUAGUCAUUCUUUGUGCCUCUAGUGUGUGGAUGCCUUCUCCCUUCCACCCCCCAAUAUUCUUGCUUUAGGGCAGUGUUUCCCAAAUGAGGUUCCUCCAAAAUGUCUGAAAAUAAAAUGGCCGCGGGUGGCGAGGGAGCAGUGGGCAGUGAUCUCCCUGCUCAUCUCCCUCGCGCGCACAGCAAUGAUGCCGGAGCCGGAAUAUGACAUCACUCAGGCAUAGUGAUGUCCCGAACGGUUCGCCGCAGACGGCGAACAUAAACUUUGACCCUGUACCUCACAGGCAGCAGACACAUUCCAGCCAAUCAGCAGCAGACCCUCCCUCCCAGACCCUCCCACCUCCAUCCAUUUUACAUUCAUUGUGAAGCUGCAUUCUUAGUGAGCUGUCCAGGAGGUGGGAGGGUCUGGGAGGGUGGGUCUGCUGCUGAUUGGCUGGAAUGUGUCUUCUGACUGUGAGGUACAGGGUCAAAGUUUGUUUAUGUUCGCCGAACCGUUCGGGACAUCACUACUCAGGCAUCACUAAGAGGUGGGCGAGUGAGCUGAGCAGGGAGAUCACAGCUCGCUAGCCGCUCAGCAGCCCCACUGGACCCCAGGGACUGCACGCCAGCAGCCCUACUGGACCACAGGGACCGCAUGCUCGGCCCAGCAGCCCCACAGGGACAUAGACUCCAUGCCAGCACUCCCUAAGGUAGGGAGGCUGGGUGGAGUAAAAUUUAAAAAAUUAUAAAUUGUAUGUGUGUCUGUUAUGGAGUUUGUAUGUGUUUGUCACGAUGUUGAUACAUUAUGUCAAAGGGUUUCACUGGAAAAAAUUAAUUGGGAACACCUGCUUUAGGGGGUUUCUUGUCUCUGAGAAUGUUUUACUUGUUAAUUACAAUUAUGUGUGUGUGUGUGUGUGUGUGUGUGUGUGUGUAAUAUAAAUAAAAUGGGGAAUGUGAGACAAAACAUUCUAGAUUUCUCGAUGAAAUAAAACUUUUUUUUUCUUCUUUUCCUGUUUCCCAUAAACAUUACAGCUAUAACUUUUAGAGCAGUGUUUUUCCCAUGUGUCCCUGUUCUAAUAAUUUUUGUUAGAAAUGUUCCCCCCACUAUUCAUUAGAUAUAUAGUAGCAGUUUGAUACAAUUGCAAAGUGCUGUUUGGUCCUUGAAGACAAAACUUGUUGAGAUUUCUUUAUAUCCUAAAAUAAUAUAAACACUACUCAAUUACACUCACACACACUCACACUUCAUAAAUUUAGAAAUGUGUUUACCAGGAUUUAUGCAUUGAGAGUUCAGUUUUUCAAGUAUGUCCAUGAAAAAGAGGAUGUAGAAUGCAAUCGCACUUGUAUUGUUCCAGUUCACAUUGGGAGCUGCAGUCAUCUUCAGCUCUGGAAACUAGCAGCUACGUAGGAAGAUGAUGUUGUGUUUUCUAAAUUUUAUUGAUUUCUUUUUGAAACUUUUUUUUUUUUUUUUUUUUUUUAAAUCCUCAAGUAAACACUUGUACACAGCCAGUGCCGCUGCUAAUUACAGUCUUGAGCCACCAGCCCGUGGAAUAGUUACCCCUUAGUUGUAAGCUGUCUGCCAAACUAGCCUUAAUGGUGUUGCUGCAAGUUACCAUGUUGGUGAUUGCAGCCUUUAGAGCAUGGCUCUAUGACCCUACCAUGCACUUAUAGACAAUGUUACCUGCUCCACAUGGUUUGUUUAAUUGGAAUGUUCUUUAUGCAUACAUUUAUUUUUCUUAAAAUAAUGUCAUUUCAGGCUGGGAUUGAUGGAGAGAGUAUUGGGAACUGCCCCUUCUCACAGAGACUCUUCAUGAUCCUCUGGCUAAAAGGAGUGGUGUUUAAUGUGACCACGGUUGACUUAAAGAGGUAAGUUGCAUUACCACUGAACCAUCCAGUUACUUGUCUCUGGAGUUGGCGUGUUUAGUAUGGUUCUAGAAUACAGCAGCAAAAUAUAAGUGCUAGACAUCACAUUUCACACAAAUUUCACUCUCCAUUCUGCUACGACCCACUACGUGCAACACCCAUAAGACAUGCAGAACAACUUAUGCAAUACUACUAUGGUAUCUACAUCAACCGUAAAAACAAAAAACAAAAACAUGCAUAUCUGAAGUCCCACUGGGACUCCUGUUACACAGUCCAAGCAGCAUAGCAACAGUGCAUCUUUGUAUUUUCAUGACAUUUUUGCCCCUUUAAGCUUUCUUGCAGAGUGCUCUCCAUGUGCACAGCUUUGUCUUACUAGCUGUCAGAUUGACACAAUCUCUAUUUACUCCAUGUGCCAUUAUGCAUCACUAGUGGGAAACAUUUAAUCAGUGGCAUGCUUAUUCUCAGUCUUUGCCCAAUUCCAGUUUUAAUUUGUUGGUGCUUUUAAACCUGUCUGCACACCUUUUGUAACAAUGCUGCUAACUGUCCGUAUAUGCUAUGUGUCACUGGAUAAUGGGCAGCGACAUGACGCAAACAAUAUUCCAAGAGCUGGUUAAAGGACCACUAUAGGCACCCAGACCACUUCAGCUCAAUGAAGUGGUCUGGGUGCCAGAUCCAGCUAGGAUUUUUUUUUCAGAGAAACUGCUAUGUUUAUAUUAGGGUUAAUCCAGCCUCUAGUGGCUGUCUCAUUGACAGCCGCUAGAGGUACUUCUGUGCUUCUCACUGUGAAAAUAACAGUGAGAAGACGCCAGCGUCCAUAGGAAAGCAUUGUGAAUGCUUUCCUAUGAAACUGGCUGCGCGCGCAGCUCUUGCCGCGCAUGCGCAUUCAGCGGAUGAGGAGAGGAGGAGGAGGAGAGUCCCCCGUCCGGCACUGGAGAAAAAGGUAAGUUUAACCCCUUCCUCCCCCCCAGAGCCCCGUGGGAGGGGGACCCUUAGGGUGGGGGAACCCUCAGGGCACUAUAGUGCCAGGAAAUCAAGUAUGUUUUCCUGGCACUAUAGUGGUCCUUUAAUAGAAACCAUGGUUAUACACCUAGUACAUGAAUAUAAGCUCUGGUAGAACAAUGUAUCUAUUGCAUUCAUGCUCUUAAUUUUUCCAUUUUCGCCUCACCUGUUUUCUUAAAGGGACUCUCCAGUGCCAGGAAAACAAUCCGCUUUCCUGGCACUGCAGGUCCCCUCUCCCUCCCACCCCCCCCAUCCCAGGUUGCUGAAGGGGUUAAAACCGAUGUCCCUCGGCGCUGGUUCAGGGUCCACCCAUGCUCCUCCCUCGCUGACGUCAUUAGACCUCCCCAUAGGAAAGCAUUGAAAACUUUAUUAUUUAGGGCCACGGCCCACCGGCCGUAUGUGUGGCAUGGGGGGACACUAUUUCCCCCUCGAUCGUUUUAGUUAAUAGCCUGGGAGGGCGACACUAGAACACCCUCCCCUCUGUUUAGUUUAAUAGCUCCAACAGAGGACACAAAGUUCCCCUCAUUUAAUUGUUUUAUAGAGUGCGUUGCCCCACCAUUGGGGACCUGUGCCAGAUUCCUCUUUAUUGGAAUUAACUGCCCUGCUGUUUGCUUUUUUAUAGCCACUGGCCACUCUGAUUAGUAGACAUGACCACACUUGUGGCACAGCCGGUAGGGGAAGGGGAGGGGGAUUUUAACCGCACUUAUUUACGAAUACCAAGUAUAAUAAUAAAAUAAUCUGAAGGACCAAAACUACGAAAACUAAUUUUUGUAAUUUUCAUAAUUUUGGUCUUUCACCUUCUUUGUAGAUGGCUUCUUAUUCUUGUGGGAUUGCCAUAGGAUACCAAAUAAAACUAUCUACUAAACCGUUCAAUCAUCUGAUACCUUUAAUAUGCCAGUCCCUCAAGGGUGACAAUUUAGGAAGUUAUCUACUAAACGCCUGCAAGACGCAGCCACAACAUAGAUUUGGAUUUCAUUUGUCCAAAUGAAAUUCUAAAAUGAAAAUAAUGGCUGAAUUUAGUCCAAAAAUUAAUAAACAAAUGGACGAAAUUCAGUUCAGAAAACAGUUUUCUUCCGAAUACAAAAAUUUUGGUGGCACCCAAUUCUACAAGCAGUUUGAUAUUAAACUAGAUAUAACUGAAGCAAAAGUUUAUCUUUUACAGUGGGCAUGCCAAUUAUGUCCCUAUUGGCACUUCAUCAAUUGGCUGAGCGUCUGUGUAUGCUCUCAGCCAAUAAAUAAAACUCCACAGUCAAAUCCCAGAUGAAUUGAUUAGUUCAGUGUGAAUUAAAAGAAAUUUGAUGUGACAAACUGCUCAGAACACAUUUUUUGCAUUAGUAUAGUGCUUUGUGUGCCCCUUUCAGGAAUAUUCUAAACUUGCAUCAAUGGCAGGAGUAGGUCUUGUGCGGUUUUUGCAAUGUUAUUAUUGAUUUUCAGUCUCAGCUGUAGAAGCAAAUAAACAAGGUCAUUCACUAAAGUGAAAAUGCAAAUCAGACCAAUAAUAGCCAUACUGGAAAUGGAGCUGACUUAAAGAAUUUUCCAAUUCUGCUAUUUUGGUCUCAAAUUUGAGAUUCUUGCUUUAGUGUUAACCCUGAAAGUGUGUUGCCUGGUGGUACUAAUAUAGUUUUUGAAUGUUAAAGGAGGAAUCUAUAGAUGCUUUGUUCCAUCCAAAGGUCUUGCAUUAAAAGUGGUGCUACACAUAGCACUAUGCAACAAGAAAGCUCAUUCACAGCUGUUUUUAAAUGAGCUGAAUACAGGCCACUCCAUCUCUCAAAAGCCUUACAGUUCUCUGCUGCCUGCUAGACUUAAUUAAAUGAUAAUAUAUGGGUAUAGGGUUAGAUGUGACAUUAUGACGUCCCUUGGGGGGAAAAAAAAGUACACCCUUUUAGUAACAUAUAUUGUGCAUUGUUUAAAUCACUAGUACUCGCUUAUUAUUUUUUAAGUGUUUCAGAAAACUGAAUUAUACAUAAGAAACUUAGACAUCUUCACUUUCAUUAAUUUAUUUUAAUUAAAUGUAUAUUAUUUUUAUUAAUGGUUUUUUACUUAUACAAAAAGAGAAGUCCUGCACUCAUUCCUAUCACUACUGGACCGGCAGCAAUGACUACAGUAUACAUCAGCCUCAAUAUAUAGUAAAAACCAAAGAAAAGAAAAAGUUACCUGCGCUCUCUCCUUAAUCCCUGUGUAUAUUUAGACAAAUGGAGGUCAUUUAGUUGCUCCAAUGGCCGUUGGAGGGAAAGCCCGCCUGCCAACGUCAAGGCAGACGCCCCUAAAGCGGGUCCUAACACUGACCCUUCAGCCUGCUUCCCUGAGCUUCUGGCAAAGAUAUCUCUAAUGAGACAGAGGGGUAUUUUUUUAUAUACACCCCUAUAUAUUUAUUAACCCUUAAUAACACGGGAUGGGCGGCAGCAUUGUAACAAGGCUGUGUGAUACAAAGUAAAUACAAAUACAAAAAGAAGUCCUGCGCUCACUCCCAUCACUACUGGGUCGGCAGCAAUGACUACAGUACACAUCAGCCCCAAUAUAUACACAGCCUUGUUACAAUGCUGCCGCCCAUCCCAUGUGUUCCUUAUUAAGGGUUAAGAAGUAUAUAGGGGUGUAUAUAAAAAAUACACUUCUGUCUCUUUAGAGAUAUCUUUGCCAGCAGCUGAAGGGUCAGUGUAGGACCUGCUUUAGGGGGGGUCUGCCUUGACGUUGGCAGGCAGACAUUCCCUCCAAUGGCCAUUGGAGUAACUAAAUGACCUCCAUUUGUCUAAAAAUACAUAGGGAUUAAGGAGAGAGUGCAGGUAACUUUUUCUUUCCUUUUAAUGUUUCUUACUUGUUAUACUUGUUAAUAAAGCUAUAGUUUUGCAAGAUAGAGGAAUGCUUUCAAUUCUUUCUCAAUUACGAUUGAUUUAUAAACAAGUAUCCCAUACACAGUGCAAUCUUUUCAAAAGCUAUGUAUGCACUCUUAUAAUUGCAAGCAGUUAUGUAAAACCGUAUGAAUAACAUUGCUGUAAUUCUUGGUAUGAAAGCAUCCUGUACAGACGGACUCCUAUAGAAUACAAAGCAUAGUUCUGUUUUGUUGUUGUUUUUUUGUAAAAUAGAUUGCAGAGUGUUUUGUUUAGUGCAUGAAAUAGUCCCCUAGGGACAAGCUAAACUAAACUGAAGUAUAUAGCUUGCCACUCAGUAUGUUUUUAAGAGGAAAGGAAUGUGGGUUAUGAGUGUUCCAAGGGGUGGGAGAAAUGGGCUUUAGACAUCCAAGUGAUUUUCUACAGUUGUUCCCAACGAAGCCAUGAAUUUUAAUUGCAUAAAAUCCUGCUAAAUACUUCUUUUGGGAUCAGUCUGCUGUGCUGUACUUGUUGGGGCAUCUCCAAGCAGCCUUGUAAACUUGAUCUCUGUGUGUGUGUGUGUAUGUAUGUUUCAUAUGUGAUUAUUGUAAUAAACUUAUUUUUGUUUGUGUUUUCCUAGAUGGAAUUCUGACAAAAUGUGUUUGUAAAUUAAGCACAGAGGUUAAUCACAAAAAUAACUAGCAGAUAAAUCUUGUAUCCGAUGUAUCAAUUGUUUAAAAUCCUACUAUUUCAUGGCAUGUAAGUGAAUUAAAUGAUUGGUUUUACAAAUCAGGAUGGUCAGUGUUUGAAGAAUUCACAAUGUUUUAUUUAACUUUUCUAUAAAAAAAAAAAAGUGAGGUUCUGUUUAUGCAUAUGCUGUUUGUUUUGUUUGCAGAAAACCUGCAGAUUUGCAGAACCUCGCUCCAGGUACUCAUCCACCCUUUAUAACCUACAACCAUGAGGUGAAGACUGAUGUAAAUAAGAUAGAAGAGUUCCUUGAAGAAGUAUUGUGCCCUCCAAAGUAAGUUACAUGCCCAAGCCUUCCCGAUACUGAAAGAGCUUUCCCGAUACAGUUACUGACUGGCUGUCAGGGCUGCAUUAAAAUACUGCUAAUUUGCUCUCCAGCUCUAUUAAGGCACCAGGAAUGGGCUGCUGUAAAUCCCAUAUCACAGAAUAAUGGUAAUGGGCCAAUUGCACAGUGGUUACCUGACUUGCUGCUGUGUUACAAAAUAUGCCUGCUAUCCAUGGUAGAAUCCAGUAACCGUGUUUUCAACAUUCCUCUAACUCCCACUGAUACAGAGACAUGUAGUUAAUUAUCUCUUGAGGCUUAUCUUGCCAUUUGUAUACACCAAUUCCCUAGUGUACUUUGGUUCACAUGGCAUUUCACAGCCUGUUUCCUUGUGCUCCUGCAGUGUUUACCAAAUCAUAAUCGGGAUCCAUACAGUUAGCAAUUUUUCAGAGCAUAGAUUCCUAAUGUCCUAGAUAGAAGCCGCUCAAUAUUAAGUUGUGUCCUCCGUAUCAACACCGGGUUGCAAAUGCCUUUGCUUUGGGUACUGCAAGCAACUCAUCUGCAUGCAGGUUACAAGAUCCUACUGCAGAAAUAAUUGUCAAGUAAUUAAUCUUAUCACAAGCUUGAAACCAUCUGUUUUAGAGAAACUGCCUUGUAUUUAUUAAAUUGGUCGCCUUCCAAGCUGUCAUUAUUUGUAUCACACUGGUCUCAUUUCAGUGGGCAUUUUCUACCCUCACACAAUCUUAUCAGGUGGUCUGCACAUGAAAUAAGUCAAUACUUUAAAUGUGUACAUUUCCAAACUCUCAUUUGCAGCUUGCACACCAGCAAUCUAUAUAUUCAGCAAAUAAUGACUCUGCCUGCAAUGUAGCUAAUUAAGAUCAAUUGAGAAGAUGAUUUUUAUUAGCUGCAGUUACUCCAGACUAAAUGGUUUAUUCAAUAAACCGUGAAAUGUAAUGAAUAUACAUACAAUUUAUUUACAAUAUGUAGUCCAUAGCAGCCAAGUUGCCAAAUGUUCUUGGUGCCCCAUGCAUUUAACAACCUGUAACGUGUUUAAUUUAAAAUGCUUACAGCAAUGCUUACUUUCAAUAUUGUUUUCUGCACCCUUUUCUUGACAGAAUAACAUUGUUGAGGUUUUGGGAUAGAAGAAAUUAAUAUUCCUUUGCAAAUAUUUAAUUCAGGUACCGAAAACUAGCAGCAAGGCACCCAGAGUCCAACACUGCAGGCAUGGACAUAUUUGCCAAAUUUUCAGCCUACAUUAAGAAUUCUCGACCAGAUGCCAAUGAAGGUAACGUUUCAACUGAUACAUGUCAGGUGUUCUACAUAAUCUUCUUUUUAACCACCCAUAUCUUAACCUACAAAUCUGGGUAAUUUACCCAACCUGCUUUUUAUAGUUUGGUUAAACUUGGCUGACGCAGCAAUACUGAAGGGAUGCAGUAAGGGAUACCAUAAAAUGUAAUAUAUGUUGCAAAACAUGUAUACAGUUAAAAUAACCAUAAACGUGAAAGUCAAUAAAGAAAGAAGUUAUAGGAACACUAUAGUGUAAAGAAUACAAACCUGUAUUCCUAACACUAUAAUGUUAAACUGUUUAGCUCGCUGAAUCACCUCGGAUCGCUCUGAAAAGGUAUAAAAGUUACCAUUUCUCUCUCGCUGCAGUUGGCAUUGCCUUUAUCAAGCUUGAUGAUCUCAGCCAAUCCAAUACUUUCCCAUAGGAAAGAAUUGACGUGAUUACCCAUGCGUGGCAAAAAGCCACACUGCGCCAAUCUGCAAUCCUCUUCAAAAGAUCUGUCUGCUCAGCUCUGUUGCCAGUCGCUUCGCUGAGGGAGCAGUGUGGUCUGUACCAGUGUAGGUACAGACAACUUAAAGAGCACCCUUGCAGUCCCCUGGCCCUUCUCAGUGACUCAGGAUGCAGCAACUGGUGCUCUGAGUCAUUGAAUUGGGACUGGAACCGCAAAGGUGCUCUUUAAGUGGUUUGUACCUGAUAUUGGUGUAGUGAUGCUCCUUCACUGGACCACCAGUGAUCCAGCUAACCCUUCACUGGACCACACAUGCAAUUCACUCACCACACAAAAUACUCAACAGCACACGGACACACUCUGCCUCCUCCUCAACACACACACACACACACACACACUUACUUGGUCACUACGCAAACACGCCACUCACAGAAACCGAGCUUUCUAAGAGGGGAUGCCAAUCUGGCUCUUGUGACAGGACAUCUUUAUGCACCAUAACCUAUGCAAGGAGGUCAGGCUGUUAAAUUCAAUUGAAAGCAGCACUCAUGGAAGUGGUUUGUGGGAAUAGAACAUGUAGAAUUAUUUCAUUAAAAACUUUUUUUUAUUUAUUUAAUGUAUUUAAGGACCUGUAAACGAGACAUGAAUAUUUUUUAAAUAAUUGUACAUUGAUUAACAAUUUUAUAUACAAAUAAAUAUAUAUGAGAUGAAUGCAACCACUUCAAGCUGUAUUGUACCUAAUUUUCAUGUUCCCUGCAACACCUUUAAAUUCCAAUUCAAGAUCAAAUAUAAACAAAUUAAAUAGCCUCAGACUCCAAGUAGAGCCCUUAAGUGUAUGAAUUAUCAAUGUAAUCAAAUGUCCACAUUUCCAUUAACAUCCACACUCUGUCGUCCAUACGUAUGGGAAAUAAUUCUUUAAGUAAAUAAACUGCCAACUUUACACAUAUUAUGAUAACCACUGAUCUGCAUUUUAUUUUAUUCGAGGUAAGUGGGAGAAAUUACUGACAUGUAAAAUCUUAACUUGGGAGUGUUUUUUUGUUUGGAGUCUGCUUAUUUUAGUUGGGUUUAUAUAAAUAAUGGGAGAGCAAAGGAUUACCAGCUGUAUUGAUACAAGCCCCAUUUGGUAAAUAUAAACAGGAUGAGUUCCAAUGGCAUGAUUUAGUUCCUGCAUUCCUUCAUGUUAUAUAAGCAGGAACUUGUACAGUGGGCAUACACACAUUGCUGAACUGGCUUUAAAGUUAAAGUAACACUAUAAUGUUAGGAAUACAAACAUGUAUUUCUAACACUAUAGUGUUUACUACAUAUUAGGUGCCCCGGCCCCCCUCAGAGUGGAGGUAAAAGGUAAGUUUACUUGACUUUUCAUGGUCGCUGCACUGGUCUUGCUGUGGCUAGCUCCUGCCUCCAUGGCUGAGAUCAUCAGUCUUGAUGAUCUCAGCCAAUCCAAUUUAAUACUUUUCCUUAAAUUUGCAAUUCACUAUUAAUUCUCACUUAAGUGAAUAACACUGUCAGUAUUUAAAAUUAAGGUGUAUUUACGAUUUGUAAUUAUUUCAUGUUACUGAAUAUUUUUGAGCAAGCCAGUGUUGAGAAUUAAUUGGAUGUGUAUAUCAUAUUAAAGUACAAAAUGUAUUCAAAUAAUAUAUUUAUUUUUGCUAAAUUUGUUUCUGCACUAUUCAGUUUUCCAUCCUUACAGACUUGAUUGAAUGCAAAAAACUUGCAAAUGCCUGAUAAAUAUUUGUAUUUUUUUUUUAACCCACACUCCACCUCUGCUACCCAUGUUACGUGUUUGGUUUGCUAUGUCCUUUGCUUUCUGUGAUGUACUACAUGUGUUGUAUUCAGUAUUGCACAACACUGCCCUCUACUGUCCUUCAAAUUUUUUUUUUCCUAUGAUACCCGAAUGCAUUUUAUGUGAAAAGUUGUCUAGACACUGUAAUGACCUGAGUAUUUCUAACAUAACGUAAUAUUAGGCAAUUCACUUGCAUAACACAUUGCAGUGCUAUGCUGUUAUUGGCAGACAACCCUUUUCAUUAACCUUUACCAGUCACUUGUCGUGUCUUUGGUUUUGUAACCUAAAUGAUGGCAUUUGAUUUAAGUCCUUGCUGCUUUGUCAUUAUAAAUUGUAUAGCAUCUAUAGCUACUGUUUUGCAUUUUGUAGAAGCAUUUGAAAAACUAUGUUAAUGCUACAUGGGAAUUAUUUACGAAGAACCAAGUUGGGUUGUUAAAUAUUGCAUUUUAGUGCAACCCAAGGAUUUUCAUGAGCUUCAGCAGGGAUUACUCACACUAUCAGAGGGGAUAGUAAUGUUUUAGUUGAGUUACUAGUUGGAAGAUUGACAUUAACUUUAGAAGUGGUGAAGAACCAUGCAGAACUCUGCACCAGAGGAUUAUUUUUGAAAUCUUACAGGGUUUUUCACUAAAGUGAGCAUUAAAAGUAAAGUCCAAAUUUAAACGACCACUAUAGUGCCAGGAAAGCAAACUUGUUUUACUGGCACUAUAGUGCCCUGAGGGUGCCCCCACCCUCAGGGUCCUACUCCCGCUGGGCUGGAAGGGGGUUAAACACUCUCCUUUCUCCAGCGCCGGGCAUUUUCAAUGCUUUCCUAUGGACGCUGGUGUCUUCUCACUGUCAAUGAGACAGCCACUAGAGGCUGGAUUAACCUAUAGGUAAACAUAGCAGUUUCUCUGAAACUGCUAUGUUUACAGCAGGCAGGGUUAAUCCUAGGUGGACCUGGCACCCAGACCACUUCAUUAAGUUGAAGUGGUUUGGGUGCCUAUAGUGGUCCUUUAAGUCCAAAAAAAAUUGAACUUGAACAGGAAGCAGAGAUGACUUGAAUAUUUUUUCAACUACUGUCCUAAAAUGUUAAAUUCUCUUUGAAUUCUCACUUUAUUGAAUACCCCUGUUAGUGAAUAAAUGCAGUGACUGCUAUUUGGAAUGCCAUAGGUUGGUUGGUUGGUUUUUGCGUAACACAAUGUUAAAGUGUUUUUUUUUUUGUCUUUCUUUUAGCUUUAGAAAGAGGCCUUCUGAAAACUCUACAGAAACUUAACGACUAUCUCAACUCACCCCUACCAGAUGAGAUUGAUGAAAACUGCAUGGAAGACAUUACAACAUCCAACCGCAAAUUUUUGGAUGGAGAGGAAAUGACGUUAGCAGACUGCAAUCUUCUACCCAAACUCCACAUUGUCAAGGUAGAUCAAAAUUUCAUGGCCGUAAAAUUCCAGGGUUUUGUGUGAUAAGUGAUCAUUCGCAAGAGAACUUACGCUAGCAUUGAGCUCCAUACCACUACACUCCUUGAAUGCAAAUUUAUUCCUCAUGGUUUAACAUUACAAAACACUAAAUACUUUUUACUCUCAUCAAAUAAGCAAUUUGGGAAGAGCACAUUGUUUGGAGACUUAAAGGACCAUUAUAGGCACCCAGACCACUUCAGCUCAAUGAAGUGGUCUGGGUGCCAGGUCCAUCUAAGGUUAACCCUGCCUGCUGUAAAUAUAGCAGUUUCAGAGAAACUGUUAUGUUUACAUUAGGGUUAAUCCAGCCUCUAGCGGCUGUCUCAUUGACCGUCACUAGAGGCGCUUCCGCACUCUUCACUGAUUUUCACAGUGAGAAGACGCCAGUGUCCAUAGGAAAGUAUUGAGAAAUGCUUUCCUAUGGACUGACUGCACGCGCGGCUCUUGCCAUGCGUGCGCAUUCAGCCGAUGACGUCCGAAGGAGGACGAGAGUCCCCAGCGCCAAGGGAGCCCGGCGCAGGAGAAAGGUAAGAAUUUAACCUCCCCCGGCGGGAGGGGGGACAUGAGGGUGGGGGCACUACAGUGGUCCUUUAAAUGUGGAUAAAGGUUCUACAGGAGACACAUCUUUUUCCUACCUGUUGCAGGAAACUUAAUUUAACUUCUUUACAGUCCAUCUGAGAGUCCCUGGGUGAUCUGAUUAAUAAAAUGGCUCCUGGCCAUUUAUGCUCUUACAACCCUGGUAGGGCGGAUCUGCUUUGCAAUUAUUAAUGACCUUUUAAUCUUAAUGGACUCUCAUUACAUGGAAGAAAAUUAGUGUCAGUGUAAACUGUAGCUUAGCCAUUGCUUGAAGGAACACUCUACUGCUCAAAUACAAAUGUAAUUAAAUAUGAAUUUAAUUAUACAUGUUUUUCCAUUGGAGUGAUAUCUAAAAUCAGCUUGCAAAAACUGCAGCACUCCUGUCUGCUGCUUUUGCAAGCCCUCCUCUUCUAACCCCAGCCAGACUUUCUGUGGCUGUCCAAUCACAGACUUCCUAAUGCAGCUUGGAGAAGUCUUUGCAAGGCAGGUGCUCUGAGCAAUUGCUGCAUCUUGAGUUCAGUACAAAUAAGCUAGCCAAACCCGGAAGUAACAGGACCUGUUGUAUGCUUUAAAGGCCGGGGGUGGGGGGGAGGGGGGGGUUGUAACCAGUAAUAUUUGUAAAAGUGUCAAUUUCUGUUGAAGUCUAAAUUUUUUUUUUGGUGAAUAUAAUUUUUAUUUAUAUUUAUAUUACUUACGUAUAUGUCGGAGACUCGCAGGUCUCUGAGGUGAGUAGUCAUAAUCUUUAGAAAACAUCAAUGUAUGUUUGGGCUCGCAGGCCCACAAUGUUGACGGACUUGCAAGUCCCUAUUUUCCAGAUUCACAAGUAACUUCAUGUACAUUUUACCAUCUGCCAUUUAUUUUACUAAUUAAAUCGUGUUUAUGUGAUUUAUAUGAUUCAUGUACAGCAGCCGGGAUUCGUGUUACAUUUGUGUUGAGGUUCGCAGACCUCUUAUCCAACCUUUAUUGUUAGGCGACGUUCCAGUCCCUACAUCUUGUGUUGGGUAUUGUGUCUUUAGCAGACUUAUGUGAGCCUCCACUUAGUGUCCUGGAUGUCGUGUGUAUGGAGUGCGGUGUACCCGUGUUGAGAGGUUUAUGGCUCAUAUUUCGGGAAGGUGUGAUUGUAGCUUGUUGCUGUCCUCAGGCUAUUUUGUGAUUAUCCCGUCUGCUCGGCCCAUGUUCCAGUAGGAUCGUGUCUCUUGGAGGUUAUGGAAUGUGUGUGAACCCGUAUGGGUUUUUCAUUCAGGGCACUAGUGUCUCCUCUAUAUGUAUUGAUUUCUGCUUUGGUUGGGGUAUUGUCCUGUGUGGGUCUUUAGAAGAGAGGGGGUAGGGAAAGUCAGGGUUAGGGUGGGGAGGGGGGUGUCUGUAGUCAUUGUCUUCUGUCGUCCAGUGGGUGUUCUAAGUCCUAACUGUCCGUGGUUUGGCGUACGUCUGUUCCGAGUUCCAUUUGGAAUCCUUCCUUCGCUGUCUCUAGGAUCCAAUAUGUCCAAAUGUCCAUGUAGGACUUUGGGGUCACGUUAGUCGUCAUGGUCAGUUCCUCUGUUAUUCUGAGUUCCUCCAUUUGGCUGAACCAGGUCUUAAGUGGAGGUGUUAUGUUCUGUUUCCAGAAUUGGGGGAUUACUCGUUUGGCUAUAUUAAGUAUUCGGAUGGUCAUGGAUCGUUUGUACUUAGAGUGUAGUGUAGGAGCAUUGCUGCUGGUUCCAGGGGGGGUGGUUCGUCUGUGAAUUUCUCGAGCAUUCUGUGUAUGUUUUGCCAAUAUGGUUUAAUUUUUGUGCAGUCCCAUGUCUCCCUCUUCUUGUUGGCAUCUCCAGCAUAGGCCAGGUUGAUCUGGGUCUAUCUGAUGUAGGAGGUGUGGUGUCCUGUACCAGUGGGUUAGUAAUUUGUAGGCUGUCUCUUGUGUUUUACUAUGUGUGGAGCAGUGGUGUGUGAGGUAACAAAUGGAUUCCCAUUCUGUGUCUGUCAAUGCGUGUCCUAGGGCUUUCUCCCAUUUCCCCAUAAAUACAGGUGUCUCGGUUGGGAUGUCUGUUUGUAACAUGGUGUAUAGGAAGGACACUCCGUGUGGGAGCGGGUCUGGGUGCAUGCAGACCACCUCUAAUGUGGUGUGUUCUCUAGUGAGUGCUAAGCCCUGUGGUAGGGUGCGAAUGUAGUUGGUUAGUUGGGAGUAUCGAAAGUUGUGCAUGAAGGUCGGGGGUACUUCUCCCAUCAUGUCCGGAAGCUUUUUACAUUUCCCUUCCUGUAUGACGUGAUGUAAGCAUGGGUGUGUGUCUGGAAGGAUGUCUCUGAGGGCUCUCGGGUCUAGUCCCGGGGGAAAGUCUUUGUUAAACGUCAAUGGAAGGAGGAGGGGAGAGGGGUAUGGCGAUAUGUUCCCCUUCAUCGCUGCCCUCCUCCAUAUUUUCAGGGUGUGUAGAUGGACACUUCGUCCCAGUUCGUCGCGUUUCGGUCCCAGGGCAGUCCCGAGAUUGGUCUACCCGCCUCCGUCUCCUCCACCGUCUUCCACAAUUUGUGUACCCUGUCUUUUGUCCACUCUACAACUCUCUGUAGGUGUGUGGCCACAUAGUAUAGGUGGAAGUCUGGGAGGGCUAAGCCUCCUUUAUCUUUAGGCCGCGUCAGGGUGGUGAAUUUCACCCUGGGUUUCCCCCCGUUCCAUACGUAUCUGAUCAUUUCUGUUCUGAGGGUUUUAAAAAAGGGGCUCGGGAGCUCGAUGGGUAUGGUUUGGAAGAGAUAGAGGAGGCGUGGUAAGAAGUUCAUUUUUAUUACUUGUACUCUCCCCAGCCAGGAGAUGUGUGGAUAUGACCAUUCCCGCAUGUCUUUUUGAAAUGUCUGAAGUGUGUUUGUAAAGUUUUCCUUAAGUAUGUCUCCGCUCUGCCUAGUCAACCAGACUCCCAAGUAUCUAAUUCUGUGCUCAGUCCACUGGAAGGGGAAGCUGUGUGGGAGAGGGUUCGCCCUUGCAGUAGGGAUGCUAAUAUUGAGAAUGAACGAUUUACUGUUAUUGAUUUUCAGGUUGGAUAUUUCUCCAUAUACCUGUAGGUCUUUCUGGAUAUUUGGGAGGGAGAUUUCAGGGUUGGUUAUAAUAAAGAUUAAAAGGUCCGCGUAGGCGGCCACUUUGUGGUGCGUGUUACCUGUCGUUAGGCCGGUUAUGUCUGUGUUAUUUCGGAUGUGUGUAAGGAACGGUUCGAGGGCAAGAACGAACAGGAGUGGUGAGAGGGGGCAUCCCUGUCUCGUGCCAUUGUGUAUUUGGAAGGCAUCUGUCAUUGAAGUCUAAAUUAUUUACAAAAUGGGAGGAAAAAGCACACCUAGUUCACACACAAAGCUUUCUAGCAAGCUAAAGUAAUUUAGGGGUAUGUAAUGUCCCUUUAACUCUGAAGUAGUAUGCUAUGAACCAGGUCUUAAGUUACUCCCACUACAAGCAGAGCAUGAUCACCAGGAGUAAAUGUUAAUUCUGAGCCCUGUUUUAGAUUCAUUCGAUGUCUAGGAAAGGGAACCCUUAAUAUUUGUGCACAGGGCGUUACACUAGAUCUGCAAAAUUAUCAAGUUUAGUGUGAUUUUUGGAUAAAAUCAAUUUGAUUUUUUUUCCCCGUAUUUUUCAUUUCAUUUAGGUACUUAACCUGCCCUUUCCUUACUACCCAAUUCCUUCUAAAUAGAGAAUGUUGAUGACCUCUAGUGGUGAGAUUAUUUAGUGAAAGUACUACUUCAGCUUUCUCUUGAAUCGGUUAUAUAAGCUUUAGUCAUUGGGCAUAUAGGGUAAUUAUACACAAACUAGGGGGUUUUUAGGAAAAAGAGUAUAAUUGUGGUGCUACUAUCACCUAGUGUGAAUCACUCCAACACACCAAAACUCAAUGUAGUGCAAAUAAUCAAAUUGUGGUGAGAGCACUCAAUGCAUGCAAAAUUCAAUAUUUUACCAGACCUUUUUCAGAUGAAAAAUUCUAAAAAACAUAAAACAUAAAAACAUAGAGUAAUAUUGUUUAAAAUGUAUGUCAAUAUUUACAUGUGACUGGUUAAACUCACAUAUUACUGAGUCACUUAAAAGCUGACUCAGACUUCAGGCUUGUAUGGAGAUGAAAAUUAUUCAAUUCUGGACGUCUUGUAUCAAUUUCAACGAAUCCGCACUGGAAGUGCUCCUCUAGAAUCACUCCAAAAGGCAAGAUCCAAUCCAAACUGAUUUUAUUGUUAAAAAAUAACUUUGUAUAAUAGAUACAAGUAAAAUGUCCUGUACAAAUUACCACAAUGCGUUUCGGCGAUAUCAGCCUUUCUCAAGUGGUCUAAUUUCAUCAUCUCCAUCUUCUUCCUUAUAUUUCGAAUUUCGGCGCCUUUUUUUCGGGCGUUCCCCUUUAACUUCCGCAUUCGUCAUCACUCUGCGUCUUCGGCCCGCUGUUUUCAUUUGCGUCAUCGACGUCGUGACGUUUUCCGGUUGCCGAAAUCGGAAGUAUUAUCGGCGCCAUUUUGGAAAGUCCUUUUCACUUAUCCUGCCAGUCUCUUACAUAUUCCUGUAUAUAUACUUCUGGUUUUGGCUAGCAACUUCAUAUUUUCCGAUUGCCGAAACCGGAAAUGCUAUUAAUACCAUUUUAAAGUCCGUUCUAAACAUAAUAAUAGUCUCUUGUGCAUCAAUAUAUAUAUACCCUACAUAUCGAUAAAACAGAUGAUAAAACAUAACAAAAAAACAGAAAAUUAAUUAAAAAUUGACCCUAUCAUAGUAAAUCUAAAAGGAGGCAUCCCCAAUCUGCUAAAAAAGAGAGGGAUAAAUAAACUUAAAAGAUAAUCUUAAAAAAUUGAUAAAUUAGUGACCCAUAUAUAUUAAAAAAACAAAAUAAAAAUUGUUUUUUAAAAUUAUUUUACAAAUCCAAAUUACUGAAUAAAAUUACAUAAAAAGCUAUAUGCAUGAAUUUAUCUCAAAAUCAACAUUCAAACCAUUUGGGGAUAAUGAUUCCAUAUUAAAAAUCCAUUUCAUCUCACUUUUGCUAAGUAAAUUUUCUAUAUCACCCCCUCUCCAAUGUGUCUUCACAGCCUCUAUUCCUAAGAAUUCAAAUCCAUUAAUAUCUCCUCCAUGAGCUUCCAAAAAAUGCUUGGAAACAUUAUGUAGAGUGAAUUUCCUAUUAAUAUUAUAGAUAUGUUCCCUGAUUCUUAUCUUUAGUAAUCUGGACGUUUUUCCAAUAUAUUGUAAACCGCAGGGACAAAAUAUCAUAUAAAUCACAUUUUUUGAAUUACAUGUUAUAAAGGAUUUUAUCUCAUGUAUUAUCUUAUUUUGAAAAGAAGUGAACUUCGUGACAUUUUUAUUCUUAUUUUUCCUUAGAGUACAGCCUCUACAUGUUCCACAAUAGUAGAAGCCUUUUUCUUUCUUAAACAUAGAUGAGAUUUGUGGAUUUUUUUCCCUAUCUAUAAAACUUGAGGUUAAAACUUGUUUAAUGUUUUUCGCACCUCUAAAAAUCAUUUUUGGUUGAGUUCCCAAAUACGGAUGAAUAUCUUGAUCCUGCUCUAAAAUAUGCCAAUUUCUCUUUAUAAUUUUUUGCAAUUGGUUGCUAUGAGAGCUAUAAUUAAAAAUAAUCGGUACAAUCUUAUUUUCUUCUUUUUGUUCUUUUGUUUUAUAUUUUAAAAGAUUUUCUCUUAAUUCCUGUCCUACCUCAUUUUUUAUAUUAGUCAAGGAAUCUUGAUUGUACCCUUUUUCAACUAAUUGCUUAAUUAAAACUCUUGUUUGUUCCUCAUACUGUACCGAUUCCGUACAAUUGCGUUUUAUUCUUAAAAACUGACCUUUAGGUAUAUUGGUUAACCAAGGUUUAAAAUGGCAACUCUUUAAAUUAAUAAAACUAUUGACAUCUACAGUUUUAAAAAAGGUUUUACUUUUAAUCUUAUUUUCUUCUAUAUAAAUACUUAGAUCUAAAAAAUUAACAAUUUUAGUACUGAUCUCCCAAGUUAGAUUAAUAUUCCAGAUGUUCUUGUUCAAAUCAUUUAAAAAGCUUUUUAAAGUUUCUUGUGUCCCUUUCCAUAUUAAAAAGAUAUCAUCUAUGUACCUUUUAUAGAGGACCAGACUUGUCCCGAGCUCUGGCUUGGAGAAAAUCUCAGAUUCCUCCCAAUACGCCAUAAACAGAUUAGCAUAGCUCGGGGCAAAUCUGGUCCCCAUAGCUGUUCCCUUGGUUUGUAAAUAAAAAUUCUUCUCAAACCAAAAGAAAUUAUUAAAAAGAAUCAAUUGGAUACCCUCUAUAAUAAAAUCAAUCUGCUCCGGGUUCAAAUCUGUAUCCUUUUUUAAAAAAUGUCUAGCAGCCUCACACCCCUUCUCAUGUUCAAUAAUGGUGUAGAGGCUGCUGACAUCACAGGUCACCAUAAUCAAACCUUCUUCCCAAUUAAAACCAUUUAAAAUUUGUAAAAGUGACAUAGUAUCCUUUAAAUACGAAGGGCAUCUUUUUACCGGAUCCUGUAAAAAUUGGUCUAAAAACUGCGAUAAAGGUGAUAAUAGAGAGCCAAUUCCCGACACGAUUGGUCUCCCGGGGGGAUUUUCUAUAUUUUUAUGUACCUUUGGUAAAACAUAUAAAACCGGAAUUCGAGGGAAUUUUACAUUCAGAAAAUCAUAUUCUUUUUUAUUUAAUAUCCCUAGUUCUAACCCUUGAUUUAUAAAUCUAUUCAAUUUUUUCUUUAUAUCCUCUAAAGGAUUUUUCUGUAAUAACAAAUAUGUUUCCUGAUCUUGUAAUUGUUCAAAAAUUACUUUAAGGUAUUGUUCCUUUUUCCAUAUAACAACACCCCCUCCCUUAUCAGCAGGUUUGAUAACAAUCGAGGAAUUUUUCUUUAAAUCUUGUAAUGCUUUCCUUUCACUUUUAGUUAAAUUAUUUUUCUGUUCUUUAACAGGUUUAAUUUUCCUCAUUUCUCUAGUAAAAACCUUUUCAAAAAUUUUCAUAGCAUCUGAUCUUAGAUAGCUAGGAUAAAAAUUAGAUUUAUUCUUAAGAGUCGUAUGUUUAAAUUUAUUAUCCUCCUCCGUUUUAUCUUUUGUCACAUCACUAGUAAAUUUCUGAUCAAAGAAUUUUUUCAAACAUAAUUUCCGUAUAAAUCUAUUAAUGUCCAAAAAAGUUUCAAAUUUAUCUAAGUCACAACUAGGUGCAAAUUUAAAACCUUUUUAUGGGAUUCCUCUAAAAUUACAUCUGAUAAAUUAAAAAUUCUUAUGUCCGCUGUACUUUUUUUGGGAACAUCUCCUCCCUCCUCCUUUUCUCCUCUUUUCUGCUUUCUAUUGCCUCUUCUUGUCGUCUCCUUUUUACUGGGGUCUGCACUUUUGUGCCUCCUUUUGUUCGGGUCAUGGUUUGACCUAAAAAAAGGUCAUCAUCAUUUAUUUGCUGCAGAUGACUAUAUCUAUUUGUAGUUUGUACCUCCUUUCUAUAAUUUCUGUCUGGUGAGUACUGUUUAUAGACUCUUUCGUAAUUAUUUUUAAAAGAAUUAUUUCUUUCUCUCAUCCUGGAUUUAACUUGAAUCCACCCUCCAUCCUGUUCUUUCUUUUGUUGUACUGAAUUUUGAUAGGGUCUAUCCUCAUCCCAUUUCUUAUAUAGUUGUAAAGAUGAUCUAUUUUCUUGUUUUAAAAAAUUCCUUUUAUAAUUGUCUUUUCUAUUACCUAUAGGAUUAUUCUUCCUUUGUGGUUUUAUUUGACCUUUCAAAUAGCAUAUAGGGUAAUUAACUCGGUACUUUAAAAUAGCUAUUUGGCUCAUAUUAUUUUUGUAAUCAGCUAUUGCACAAUUUUUUGAGUUAAAGGUGGGAUAAGUAAGAUUUGAAAGUUGGUAAUAAUUGGCGCACAUAUUUUUCCAAAGCGUUUAAACCGUAUGGCACAAGGAUAUAUGUCUGCAAUCGGAUACCAGCAUUUAGUGUCUGUUUUGGUGGAGUUGGACAACUCUUUCGGUUUCCUAUACAUUAGGUGUAUGAGCAGAUGAUAAUGUUAAUGUUCAGAGCAGCAGUAACAACAAAUAGCAAAACAUUAAUUAACUGUAUUGCCAUUAAGAGACGUGGCCCAGGUUAAGAUUUUAAAUUUAGAUUAAGGAGAUGCUCCGUUAUCUCCCUAAUGGUUACUUGAAUAACAUGACUGAUGUGAGAUUGCAGAAAUUAGUGUUCUUGCUUUUAAAAUAACCUAUUUUUAGCAUGUAUAUAAUAGUAAUAAUUUAAUUCAACUAUGCCGUUAACCACGUUUGUUUUUUUUCAUUUUUUGUUUUCAUUUUUUGCUAGUUUUUUAUUAUAUUUUAUUGUUAUGGUUCUACAAUUCUUCAUUUGAUUGUUUUGCUGGUCUGCAGGUGGUGACCAAAAAAUAUCGGAACUUCGACAUUCCAAAAUCAAUGACUGGUAUUUGGAGAUAUCUGAGCAACGCGUAUAGCAGGGACGAGUUCACCAACACAUGCCCGGGAGACCGUGAGAUUGAAAUUGCCUAUGCAGAUGUAGCCAAGAGGCUCACCAAGUGAACUUGUUGCCCUGGAACCAAGACGAGGCCUUAAAUUCCAUCUGAAAACUGAUCUUAUCUGGAGACACUUGGGGUGGGGUGGUGUGCUAGGGGCACAUUUUUAUUCUCUAUAACUGUUAUUUUCUAAAGCUGAUCCCAAUGCAAUUUUUUUAAGCAUUCAAGUCCCAUUUAGGAACACAUGCUGAUCUGUGAUCUAUUUAUUGGUUUAAAUUCAAAUGUGGAUGUUAAUGAUGUUAACAUUGUUCAAAACUUUACACCCUUUCUGAGAUAAUGUACUUUUAGUUUAAGUAAACUAAUACUUUCUGUGAAAGGGUAUGCUAUAUUUAUUUGUGUUGAUACCUUCUUUUUCUUUUUAUCUAUAUAUGUUUAGAGGCCUCAGCAGUAUUGUGCCAUACACUAGAGUGUUUUUAUUAUGCCUAAAUGGACCUGUUCUGGGGGUUCUUCCAGGACAUAGGUUAACUGGAUUGCUAUUUUUAUUUUAUCUCUGCCCUCCUGUAUGAUGGGGUCAUAGACAAGUCAAUGUAUUGAUUUUAAGGUUGAGUGCAAGUGACCAUGUUUCCUCCUUUUAAAGGGAAGGAUACAUUUUCCUUGUUAAAUGUUUUAUUUUAUUUUUUUCCUUAUCUUGGCAUCUCCUCGCAAAGAAAAAUCUAGUAACCAGCAGUGUAUAAAAGUGUUAUGUAUUGUAAGUUGGCAUUCAGGGGAUGUUGGGAGACAUUGUAAUGUCCAUCCAUUGCUACAAAAUUCUGUGUUGGUUUUAAAAACACAAUUAUAAUAUUUUGAGGAUUGCUUCUGCUCCGAAUUGCAUGAGUGUUUUUGUUUGUUUGUGUUUCUUUUGUUUAACUCACAAAGCAUGAACUAAUCCAACUUGGAUGGUCUUUUUGACAACUAGUUUAUAUACCAAAUGCCUUAAUUUAAAGACUUAAAGGGAAACUAUAGUGCCAGGAAAACACUCGUUUUCCUGGCACUAUAGAUUUCUCCUCUGUCAAGCCCCCCUCCCGCAGCGCUGAAGGGGUUAAUAACACUUAUCUUAUCCAGCACCAAUGUCGGUUCCGCCCACGCAAUUGCCACACUCACAUUAAGAUCUCUCCAUAGGAAAGCAUUAUUCAAUGCUUUCCUACAGGGGAAAAUCUGCUGCUGUGGUCCUCAUGCAGAGCACGAGGACGUCCAGCGUCAGAUAAUAGACCAAAAGUCCGUUUCAAUUCUGGAAGUCCCUCUAGUGGCUCUCUGCUAGACAGCCACUAGAGGAGGCGUUAAACCUAAGAGGUAAUUAUUGCAGUUUAUAAAAACUGCAAUAAUUACCAAUGCAGGGUUAAGGGUGGUGGGAGCUUGCACCCAGACCACAUCAAUAAGCUGAAGUGGUCUGGGUGCCUACAGUGUCCCUUUGCCAUAGACAUUGUUCAUCCAAACAAAACAUGCGUGAAAAAGAGUAACAUCUGUAGGAGGACACUGUGUGUAAUCCAUUCCAGUCUCCAUACAGGUUGCCUUUGGUUUUGACUGGUAAAAAAACAAAACAUUACAAAUAACUAGUAAGAUCUACUUUAGAUUUAUACUUGGGUUCUAUACAUUAAAUAUAGGUUUUGUAGGUGCAACAUGAAAUCCCUGAUGAAGAAUUCAUAAUGAGAUUUCACAUUUUUAGACCAAUAACUAACUAAAUUGGAAUAAAGCCUGCAGAGUUUUUUUUAGUUUUUUUUUUUUUUUUUUGGCCUUAAUUCUAUUUUCAAUUCUAUAUCUAUAUAAUCUCCUAGUUUUUGUGAAUAAAUUCACAUUUUCCAAAUAUUAAUUUUGGUGUGUAAAUUUAGAACACAGAAAAUGCAUGCGAAAAAGCAGUUUACAUGAUUUCCUUUAUGGAAGUUGAAGUGGGACAUAUUUAAAAUCUUGUAUUCCUUGCAGUCUUAGAAUGUGUUGGUUGCUUUUAUGAAUUUAUAAUGACAUUUUGUUGGUACAUCUCCCAUUACUUGGAUUGGCAACUAAAUCUAUCAAUCACCAUUUACCUCAAACUAUUUAGAAUUGCUUCUUUUCUUCCUGACUUCCCAAUAGAUUAUUUUUAGACUGACACUCAUCCAAAAAAAACACCAAUUACAUUAAUCAAGAUAAUUAAUGUAGAUCAGAAAAUAAAAAUGUCAUGUGUUUUUUUUUUUUUUUUUGUGUUUUUUUAAAGUAUGUAUUCUAAGAAAUAUACUUGACCUAACAAAUCCAUGAAACCUGUGUAAAAAUACAAACAUGACAAAAUUGCCAAACUUUCUUAAAGUUACUGAUUUGGGUUAAACAUUGGGAGAGCACGCACUAAUGAAAAAUGCACAUUGAGUUAGUUUAUUUUGUGUUUAGCAUUGGUAAUGCUUUAUUAAUCAGUGUGCAGUAAGUACAUUUAAUUAUUGCACAAAUUCACAAAGUAUUAUAGCCUCUUAGCUGACCUCACAAUAAAACCAAACAGCGAUGUGCUCUUUUGACAUGUUAUUUCUUCAUACAUUUUUGAAAGCUCACUAUAGAAAAGACUAUUUUUACAUUUUGGUUUUUUUUCUUCAUUUGUUAACAGCUGAUUAGUACAUGCACCUCUUAAUCUGAUUUGUUGUACUUUUAUACUAGAGAUCUACAAAAAGGAACACGUAAUGUUGGGAUUAUCCAUAAAACACAUACAUUGCAGAGCAGGCUCUGUAUAAGAGUGUGCACUACCACUUUGUAGAAAACUGUCAAAGUGUUUUGAGUAUCAUUUACAUCUUAAAUUGCCCUGAAAAAGUAAAAGCUUGCAAUUGAUGUCUGUAAAUUUCCUGAGUAUAACUUGCUAAAUACAUUUUCAUUUAUAAAUAUUUUAAAUAACUUUACAUAUAUACAUUUACUAGUGGUUAGUUUUGAAGUAGAAGUGCUAAAACUUUUCAUUUAAGUUGGACGCACUCUAUGUUGCAUUACAAAGUUCCUUUUAACAUAUCCUGUGUACUUACAUUGAACUGGGAAGGCUACUAUCCCUUUCAAGCCUCACAUUCUGCAGUGAUAAAUAUGCAUGCAUACAGUGGAACCUCCUGCCCCGAUAGUGGCUUAUUGAAGUGACUCUGGAGGCUUUGUCGCUUUUGCACAGUUCCAGAGAAGCUCUAAGUCUGUCCACAGUUGCUGUCUACCAGACAGCCACUAGAGGGCUUCCUGAAUUGAAAUUUUUGGUUUAAUAAAAGUGCUGUUUACUCGGCAUGCCUACAUUCAUUACUAUGCAAAGUGUAGGCAAGUUCUACAGUAUCAGAUUCUAAAGCCGGCAGAGGAUGAUGGGAGAUCUAGUCUGACUUGUUCUAUAUUUUUGACAUAGGUUGUCUACUUUUGUACUGUGCUAUUGCCAUGAGUUUACCAAAACUUUUAUGCUCCUGAUAAGACCCCAAAAUUAUAUACUCUGAAAACUUUUAUUUUUUAGUAUGCUUGAUAUUUUGAUGUUGCGUUGUUUCAAUGCACACUGACUAAUGCGUUUAUACACUAAUGUUUGAUAAUGCACGGUUUUUAUGAGCAUGGAUACAAAGAUCAAAGCAAAUACAAAAUCAAUACUGUACAUUAAAUAUUUUUCUAUUUUCAUUGGCUAACAGCUUGUGCAUAAGUUUCAUUUUUUUACAUUAUAAAUUUGAAAUGUGCCCCUAUUGUAAAUCAAAAGCUUAUUUUUAAUGCAUCAUGUUGUGUAUGUGCAUUAGAAUUAUUAUUCAUUUUUUUUUAAUUUUUUUAUUUAUGCAAAGUCUGUAUUCUAAAACAAAUGACAAAAAUGCGAUUUGUCAAAAGAUAAUUCAAAUGUUAUCUUGAAAGUCAAACAAUGUGGUACGUAUGUUACGUACAUGGAGGUUUUUUUUUUGUUUUGUUCACAGCCAGAUUUUCCCCCCCGCUUUGUCUCUCCUAAUGAUUGGGCACUUUAGGCUGAAAAUAAAUUUGUCCAAACUUCUAAGGUCUGCUUUUAUUAACAAAUAAAGAGAUCUUCUAGAUUGGUGUGAUGUCUGUGUUUGUGACGCGUUUAAAGGCAUCAAUGUCA